AGUUCGUGGAGAACAGGUUGUGGAGUUUCAAAACAGAGCAGCGAUUGCUCAGCACCAUCAAGGAGCAAGCCACCGCACCAUCGCCGCCGAAGAAAGAGGGACCUGACCACCCUCUCCCGGACACCCCAUGAGAAAGACCCAUUUCCCAGGAGUCACGGAAGCAUCAAGCCUAAGGAUGGCAGCCCCCUUGUCCCCCUUUCAGCUGGCAUGAUCCCUCUUGCCCUGCUCUUUUUAUUUUUAAAAGCUGAGUAGCUGUCUCCCCACCACCCCUUAACUCAGCACUGUUGUCAUUGAGAAGGCAAGGAGAGGUUCUUCGCCACUACCCAGCUGGCCACUUUGGUUCUAAAGCCUGCGGAAAGCAAUUUGACAGCAGCAGCAGCAGCUGAAUCAGCUGGUUCCACCUUGCGCCAUGAUCCGGAAAGUUUUCCUUCUGUUGCUGGCUAUCCCCGGUAAGUCCUCGCCCUCUGGGCUCUUUUUCCUUUCCGUUUUACCCCCUCCUCGACUUUCUCUACAACACACACACUUUUCGUUGACUGUUGAGCUCUCUGAAAGAGAGAUCGUUUUUUUUUUUGUAGCUCCUAUAUUUCCCACAGACCGACUUAGUGAGUAAUUGGGUAAUGAUAGCUUUGCCUAAUCUCUGCUGGGCUUUGGGGGGGAUGCUUUUGGAUGGGGAAAGUCCUGCUUCGGUUUCGUUCCAGGCCCACCCACCCACCUUCCUAAGCCUUCCUUUAUGUACCUGAUGGGAAAGGCAGAGGGUGUGUUUGUGUGUUUUAGGGAUCCUAGACAUUGCUUGAUCCCCUGUUGUUGACUUGCUGUGGAUUAAAGAGCCUCUGCUUGAUGUAGCCUGUUUUACAAAAGGCAGAUUCUUAAGGGGAGAUGAGCUGGAAAAUGAGAUGCCUGGGGAUGUAUGUAUCAGGAUUUUGGAGGAAAGAUGGACGGUUGUCAGUACCUUUUGCAGAACGAACUGGCCUGUGAUAGUUCUACACAUCAGCAUUGUGGGGGGGGGGGGUUGGACUGGAUGACCCUUUGGGUGCCUUCCAACCCUGAUCUCCUGGGAAGUGAGGCGCUUCGGCAUCCCAGGUUCUUGACCCCAUCUGCAAAGACAAGCUAGGAUGGAAUCCCUCUCUUCCCUCCUCUUCCUGGAGGGUGAAACAAAAAGAGGGCUUGCAGUCUGAAGAUGCGUUGCCUGUUUGGUGCUCUUGCGGUAACCUGACCCAAGGAAAUUCAGCAAGUGAUGUUUUUCCCUUUCCUGGAGUAGAAACCAAUUGGGUGUCAAAAACUGAAGCUGCUGCCCCCCCCCCCCCCAAUAUCAGGCUGCUGUUAAAAGCACAGGAGCAGUGCUGGGGGGGGGGAGUUGGUCCUUUCAGUGGUGUGGAGAGGGAUGGGCCACCCUAUUUCUUGCAGCCGUCAACACACUCACAAGCUCUUCCCUUGAAAUGACAACCAUAAGGGCAACACCAAAAACAGAUUUCCUGGAUUUCCUGGUUUCUUCAUUUUCUUAAUGACAUUUGAAAGUUAGAAAAAGCAAACCUGUUGCCAAAAAAGAAGAGGAGGUCCAUUUGGCUGAGGAUGCAGGAAGCUUAACUUUUUUGUUGCAAAGAAAACCACUUUCUGGUGGGAAAAUGCCAUCUCCUCCUGUGCUGUGUCUUUCACAAUAACUGAACUUGGCUUGCCUCCCACAUGGGAAGGUAGGCUAUUCUGUGCCAAGAGCCCCUGUCUGCCUGUCUUUCUCUCUGUGGGCUGCUUGCUCUGUAAAUUGUUGAAAUAACGUUGUUUCCUGCCUUGUGUGGGUGUUGCGGAGGCUGAGAAGUUGCGGUGUUUGGUGGAGUGGCAACAGAAGACUCAGGAGAGGGAGGCUGGAUCUAGACACAUCAAAGAAGCAUUUCAGUUAAAUGCAUUGUAAAUUUAAACAGGGAAAACAGGCACAGAAAAACCUGACUCCACAGCGACAUCUGGUGGCACAAUGCUAUAUCGCAUAUACAAUGCAUAUGAAUCGCUUUUUCUUUACCAAUCUAGCUGAGUCCGGAGUUCCCUGAAAGAAGCCAAGGGGAAGUUACUAUGUACUUAAGAAGCAAGGAAGCCAUCAGUAACUUACCCAUGAAAACAACUCACCCCAGUGAUUUAUUUAUAUGUGGGAUGCCUAGGUGCCCGAAUAUAUUUUGUUCGGGAUCUGGAGGUGUGAGGUACUAAUGGACCUCAUUUGCAUUUUAAGCACAAUGAUGCCACUUUAAACAGUCAUGACUUCACACAAAGAAUUGUUGUGGUUUGUUAAGGGUACUGAGAGUUGUUAGGAGACCCCUAUUCCCCUCAUAGAACUGCAAUUCCCUGGGCUCCCUGUGAAGCAGGAUUGGUUAUUAAACCACUCUGGGAAUUGUAGUUCUCUGACCGUGUACAGCAGGAGUGUUGCCAAUGCAGUGACUCCUAGGUGUUGUCAGAUUUCAACCCCAACCAUCAAUUACCGUUCACCUUGCUGCUUGGGGCUGAUGGGAACUGUGGGUCUCCACCAUCUUCUGGAGGAUGCCGCAACAUUGGCUAGCCCUGAUGUUGCCACGUUGCUCUUGGUGCAGCCUGAAGAGCGGGAAUUCAACAGGGUGUUUUCUUGCUAUGCCGAGGAAAGCUUCACCAGUUGGAUUUCUGCCUGCCCAGAGCACAGGGGCAAAUAAACUGAGGGAACAGGCUGCUCUCCUCUCACCACAGAGUGACCAAAGCGAACCUCCCUAAUCUGAGAGACCCUGUUGGGCACCAUUCUGCUUCACUAAUUUGAUAAGAUUUGGCAUCAUGGGAUGCCAUUUAGAGGAGGGGGCGGUUAGCUUUGCCUUUUCCACUUGCCUCUUUGCCUGUUUCAACCCCCCACCCCACCCCAAUUCCCUUCCUCCAGCAGCUUUGAAGUUACUCUACUGGUUUUGCAUUACUCUCUCCGGAAGGAGCUCCAGCCCUGCAAGAGAUGCUGACUCGGGGUUUGUGCCUUAUACAACCACUCGCAGGCCGCAAAAGCAGCUCUGUGAGUCACAGAGACCAGUUUGGGAAAGGCUUCAGGGUUGAGCGAGUCCACGGAGUCCAUGGGGCUGCCAGGCAGGCUCUGGAGCCUGGGACUGGGGCGGGUUGGCUGUGGGAGGCAGAAUCAUAGGAAUGUCAAGCUGGAAGCCACCCCAAGGGUCAUUUGGUCCAACCCCCUGCAAUGCAGGAGUUGCAGCUAAAAAAUCCCUGAUGGAUGGCUAUCCAACCUCUGCUUAAAAAGCUCCAAUGGGGGGGGCACCUUCUGCCAGAGUCCUUUCCACUGUCAAACAGCUCUUACUGUCAGGAAGUUCUUCCUGUUUUUUUAGUCAGCACCUCCUUGCUGGUGAUUUGAAUCCAUCAGUUCAGGUCCCACCCUCUAGAGCAGCAGGGAACAUGCUUGCUCCAUCUUCCAUGGGACGGCCUUUCCGAUAUUUGAAGAUGGCUCUUGUAUCACCUCCCAGCCUUAUCUUCUCCAGAUCCAACUCCUUCAGUUGUUCAUCAUAAGAUAUGAAGUGGUGUCUAGGGAUAAGCUAGGGAUGGGGCUUGCAAGACGGGAAUAUGGCACCCCCUUUUUGAGACUCUUGGGGGCCUGGUGGGCAAAAGGGGGGCAGAGCUGGGAGAUAACCCCCUUGGGCCAAGCAGAAAGUCUCACUCUGAGAUCUUAGCCCUUUCCCUGGAAAAGGGGGCUAAUUUCCCUCAAACUCUUUUAAAGCCAUCUAGGCUGGUUGCCGUCACUUCCUCUUUUGGGAGUGAGUUCCGUAGUUUUAACCACGUGCUGCAUAAAGAGCCACUUCCUUUUACAUGUCUCAAAUCUUCCAUCAUUCAGCUAAGGCAGUGAUAGGUCCAGGGUUACCCAGUGAGCUUCAUGACCAAGUGGGAAUUUGAACCCUGGUCUUCAUAACCUUGGAGCAAGAGAGAUAUUCCUGUGCAUCCAGGGGGGUGAUCAAGUGCGUGCUUGUUCAGUGAGGUGGUCACAACACCCUGCCCUCAGUUGGAUUAAUUUCACCUCUCCCAAGCCUUGGUGGGUAUCUCAUGCAGGAAACACAGAGAGAUGCCCAGCUAUCAGGAGUCCUUCUGCUAGCCAUUCCCUCCUAUUGAUGAAACCUCAAUCAAUCACCAGUCCAUCAAACAGGAGAAUGACUGUACACUAACUGUGCUCAAACAUUGUGCAUGAAAUUGCAUUGUCUUUGAGCCCUCCUGCUAUUUACGUGAAUGAAUGUCUAUUUUUGGUGUGGAACAGAAACCGGAAGGGAGGACGUUAGUAAUGUGAAUGAGUAUUCUAGCCUAUGUAUUAUUUCUCAAUCAUGCAUUGUACAGAGAUUGUAGCAAGAAUCACUUUCUAAGGCUCCAGGUGGUGGUGGUGAAACUGCGCUUGGAUGAGACACAUUUAAAUUGUAGUUUGUCCCAUGACACUGCAACAAAGUGCAUAGAAUAAUAGGAUUAUGGGGCUGGGAGGGAUCUCCAAGGGUCUUUUAGUCUAAUCCUCUGCAACACAGGAAUCACAACUCAAGAAUCCUUGACAGGUUGCCAUCCAACCUCUACUUAAAAACCUCAAAUGAAGGAGAGUCCACGACCUUUUGAGAGGGUCUUUUCCACUGUUGAAUGUCUCUUGCUGUCAGAAAGUUCUUCCUCCCCUCCAGAGCAUCAGCAGAAAACAAGCUUGUUCCAUCUUCCACAGGGCAGCCCUUCAAAUAUUUGAAGAGAGCUCUCAUAGCACCUCUCAGUCUUCUCCUCUCCAGGCUAAACAGACCCAGCUCCCUCCCUGGGCCCAUGCUCACCAGGGAUCAGAAGCCAGCCCAGAUCCUGCCUGGCAUCCUUGAGAGAGACACAUUUUUUGCACCCGUGCUUUCCUUCGAAACAUCUCUGGUGCACAUUAUGCCUUAAAGCAGCAGUAAACUGCCUCUUCCCUUUCUCCGCAGUUGCUCCUGCAGCUGUAAAAGGGGGCUAAUGGACAUUUCCCUGGUAGCUGUCCAGCUUUUGCAAAACAAAAGUUAGCAAGUGAGCCCAUAAAUGUCCCAGCUGGACCGAUUGUGCAAGAGCAGCCAUGGUGGCAGCAGGAACCUGUCGGGCAACCAGAUUUUUUUCUUUUUAAAGAGCUGGUCUGACUUUGGAAUAGGUGGGUGGGGCCAGCUGGUUCUUUGCAUCCAGGAUCCAAGAAGCAGAGGCUCAAACGAUCCCUAUUUUCCAGUCGGUUGCUGGCCAGGUUUUUGCCUUGUGGGGCACACAUUUCAAAAAUGUUGAUGCCUGCCAGGAUGGGGGGGGGGAAGGCUUUUUUUUGCAGCCUAAGAGCCACAUUUUUCUGGGCAACCUCCCAGGGGCCAUAUGACAGGACAAGUGCAAAAGUGGGAGGAGCAACAUAUGCAGAUCUCACCUUUGUCCAGCAAGCUGGCUUUUUUACACCCACACACCCAAACCCACACACCCCUCCCUCCCUCUCUGCCCUCCAUGCAGGCAAGCAAGAGGCCUGAUCAGAGCUCAAGGACAAAUCCCAGCCAGGCAAGACCACUCAAAGAAGGUGUGAAGCAGGGCUGGUAGGGGUGUGUGGCCUGCAGAGGGCCAUGUAGAGCAGCUUGAAGAGCCACAUUUAGCCUGAAGUUCCUCUCCUCUGCUAUGGGAAUAUCUGUGAUACGGUUCUCUCGAUGCCUUCCUGUAGGUGCAUAGACAGAAGUUAGAUAUCUGAUGCUGGCUGAGACCGAUCUUGGCAGGAUUAAUAACUUUGAGCUCAGUGGAAAUGCGAUGUACAUGUUUAGCGAUCAGCACCAAACCAGCCUUUCCAUGGACAAAUCGGUGAAGGUGAGGGCUUCAAUGGCUACUGUGAGAACAGGAUGCUGCUGGUGGACUCUCCUUCAUUGGAGGUUUUCAAAGAGAGGUUGGAUGUCUUGUCUGUCAAGGAUUUUUUUCCACUGCGAUUCAUGUGCUGCCAGGGGUUGGAUUCUGCCAUUCUACGCUUCUGUGGAAACCAGAUCCACAGAGAGCAGUGCAAUUCGGUGCAUGCUUGAUGUGGGAGUGAAUCCUGUUGAAUACAAUGUGGGGCUCACUUCGGAUGUAAGGCGAGGCAUAGGACUGAACCACCCAUGUUUGAGACGUGUUACGUUGUGCCGCCCUUGGGUGUCCUGCUCCUGCUUUUAAAGCUGCUGGAGAAGAGCGAGCAAAUGCAGAGUAGAGCAGGUGGAGAAGAGCCAUUUGCCGUGUGCACAUGGGAAGAGCGAGGGGCUUAAGCAGAGACCCCGAGCAUUAGGAUCAGGCAUUGCAUACUUGUUUGUGUCUGCACACAGGUGGCUAUUUCAUAGGAUUCCUAGGAAGCUGCCUUAUAACAAAUCAGAUCAUCGGUCCAUCUAGCUCAGUAUUGUCUAUGUCAGUGUUUCCCCAACUUGGGUCUUGAGCUGGUUUUUUGGACUACAGUUCCCAUCAUCCCUGACCACUGGUCCUGCUAGCUAGGAAUGAUGGGAGUUGUAGUCCAAAAAAAUAGUUGGAGACCCCCAAGUUUAGGAGACACUGGUCUGCACCAAUGAGCAGCAGUGGCUCUCUCCAGAGUUACAGGCAGGUCCAUUGGUGGGGAUUGAACUGGGGCUUUCUGCAUGCAAGGCAGGUUCUCAACCACUGAGCCACAGAGCCCUUCCCUUAAGGCUUUAGUUCACUAGGUCUAACUCCCAGGCAAGUGUGUAUAGGAUUGCAGCCUCAAGGGUGCUUUCAGUCAUGGGGAAUAUUGCAUUAGUUUUCCUAUAAUUAUAAUGCCGUUACUUCUGUCCCGUUUUCUAAUGUUCCUUUCACACUGCAGUACUUAUUGUGUUAUGGAACUCUGGCUUUUUCACCCAUAUACCGGCAUGUUGAGCUCAGACCAACAGCAAACACUGGCAAUGUCACUACACACCCAUCCUUUCCGCACAGCCUGCUUCUGUUCCUCCAUGAAAACAGGAAGAAAAAAACCGCAUGCCAGUAUACCUGCCUAAAUUUUGUCACUUUACUCCUGUGAUUUACUCCUGGGUCAAGGGGGCUGCAAAUGAUUCCCCCCUGGAAUGAAAUAAUGCAGAAAUGAGCACUAAACAUGCACCAUAUUCCAUUUAGUUUUUUGGAUUUUAUAUCAUCUGAAAGCUCAGAUGCAGUGCAGAAAUUAGCAGGGAAAUGGGGGGGGGGGGCUGCUUUGCGAAUGCAACCUUAGGGCUCUUCCACACUUCUCCACGCUUUCCAGGUCCAGGUCCAAGUGGAUUUUUUCUUGUCGUGGCAUUUUCUUAGGAAAACCCACAUUGUACCCACUUAUCCACAUUUACCUUUUGCCCCACUCUUUCCACACAGAGCUCUGCACUUUAAUGCUCAGCAUCCAAGUGUGGUUUUGCUUUGCCCCAGGUUUUCCCAGCAAAAACCCGCUCUUUAAAGAUGAUCGGAGCAAACAGCUAUUUGGGUUUCCCAAAGAUUGAUGUUUGCUCCGAUUGAGCGUCAAUGAUCAGGUUUUCACAGGGAAAACUCAGGGCAACAAACAUGCUCAGACAUGGAGUUUUAAAUUGCUGGUCGUCCCUGGAAGGAGUAGCGGAAGGGUAAGUGUGGAUUAUCCAUGGAAAACCCAAUUGCCGUUUGCUCCAGUUCAUUGGUAAAAUGAGGAUUUUUUGGGGGGGGGGGGAGCGUCAGGAUGAGAGAGGAAAAAAACCCUUAGAUACAGAACAGGAAAGCCUGGAUCUGUGCCUAGAAAUGCAGUACAAAAUGAAGUUUGGAUUAGCACUUAGUGCUGUAAAAAUGAGUGGGCAACCUGAGGCCAAAGGGCAGUAGCCAUCGGCCUAAUUUCAUAUGGGAGCAAAAGCUUGCAAGAUGUUCCACAAGGCGUCCCCAGAAGGUGCAAAAGAAAAAAAGAAAAGAAAAGCAGUGAUUUUUCAGGGACAGGGUCCUGGGUAAAUGGGGAUGGUUUAAAGGGUUUGCGUGCACCAGGCUCAUCCUGCCAUGGCUUCGUGCCUUGGGCCUCCUGCUGCUCCCUGGGUGAAGUGAAAGUUGUUUUGCAAGCCAGGAGUGCAAUUUCCGCCCGCUCGCCAUCCCAGCCCUGCUAGCUGGUGGUGACUCUCCCCUGCCCAGCCGGUUCUCUGGGCUUGUUCCUCGGGGACCAGGUUCUCAUUAAAGAGGGUGGCAACCCUGUGAUUCCUCAGCACUGGGCACGGUGCCCAGGAAGAGCUUUGCAGUCCCAGUUCCCCAAACCGCCACCCUGUCCUCAAAAAAAUAAAAAAUAAAAAAAUGCACUGGGGUUAGGUGGUUGGGGGAGAAAUCACCACCCCUUCUGAUGGUGGUGGUGUUGGAUUCUAAAUCCCAGGCAUGGGCCCCCUGUUCCACUGUGACGCUGGAGUGCUUAAUUCUGGAAGCUUGGUUAUAAUUGCUGCUUCCCUACCUUAACUUGUAAUCAAUACUUAAGUGCUGCCUGGUGGCUAAAUCCAUUCGGAGCAUAAAUACGGAUGUUGAUGGUAGUAAAUAAAUUAAUUAGGGAUGUAAAAAUGCUGUCCAUUUCAAAUUAAAUCAGGCUCCGCCAAUCUGGGUGCCCUGCAGAUGUUUUGCACAGCGACUCCCAUCAGUUGCAGACAGUGCACCCAUUUUAGACUGCAACAUCCAUCAGGCCCAGGCAGCAUGAUGGGAGUUGUAGUUCAAAACAUCAAGAUGGGCACCAGGUUGGCGAAGGCUGGUUUAAAGAUUCCCCAUGAGCCUUCCGGAACCAGCUGGCAGGAGAAAACAGCGAAGCACAGCCUACCUCUUUCUCGCCUGUGUAGGUUUCCUGCCUUCAACUCCUUUUGGACAGCGUGAAAUUUGAUUUCCCCCCUGCUCCUCCACACCUUUCCAAGCCCUCCAGCAGUAAAUGUAAGGCCCAAAGCCAACGAAAGUUGGUUGUACUCAGAAAACCUGCAAGCUAGCCGUGACUAGAUCACAAAGGAUAGGUGAGGCCGAAGCACUUUAUGCCCGAAAAAGAACCUUCAUGUCCAGAGGCGACUAGUCUAUCUGUGAAUAUCAGUUGCCGAAGGAAAAACAGUAGCGGAAGGUUCCUCGUUUUGUGACCCGGCUUGGGGCUUCUAUACAACAUCUGUCUGGACACUGUUGAAAGCAGGAUGUUUAGACAGGGUUAAGACAGCGGGUGGGGAAUGUUUUGCAGGGCCGCAUUCCCUUCCAGGCAGCCUCCUGAGAGCCACAUGCCAUUGGUGGGUAUGGCCAGAGACAACAGGGGUGGAGCAACAGAUGCAAAUGUAUCUUUGUACAGUAGGCUUGUGUCUGUAGAUAAAUACUCACACCUCUCUAUCCUCCAUCUGAAUGAGCAAAAGGGGUUAUCAGGAUUCAGGGGCACAUUCCACCAUUCAAGGAGGGUGUGCCAGGAGCUGGCUUGACUGGGAAAGGUGUCAAGUCCUGAGGGCCAGGUAGAGAGACUUGGUAAGCUCCCAACCCUUAGAUGAGGUGAGAAAUUCCUCCUGGACAGGGCUAUGAGCAGCUAGUGUGGUGUAGCGGUGAGAGUGUCAGACUAGGGUCUGGGGGACCAGGGUUCGAAUCCCCACUCGGCCACGAAGCUCACUGGUGGUUGACCUUGGGCUAGUCACUGUCACUCUCAGACGGAGCUACCUCACAGGGGGACAAAAUGGAGAGCAAACCUAUGUACACUUCUUUGAGCUCCUUGGAGCAAAGAAGGUGGCUAUAAGAGUCAUAAACAUUGCUCAGGCUAGCUAAAUAGGAGAGGGUGGGUGGGUGGGGCCUUGUUUUGUACUCUUCACAGAAGCAUCUGGCUGCUGUUGGAAAAUAAUAAAUAAUGGUGGUAACAACAACUACUACUAAAUAAAUAAUUUCCAUUUAUAUAGCACACUUUAUCAAAAGAUCUCAGUGCAGUGUACAACAUUAGAAACACAUUAUAAAACAACAAUUAUAAAAACAUAGCAGAAACAUAGUAAGAAGCAUACUGGCGGACAGUUCUCUGGGAGUGUUAGAAUGAGAAGAUGAGCUCCGUGAGGCUCAGAUAGUUUGGAUGGUUCUUGGGAGAAGAGCUUAAAUGAUCCAGGCACUGGGGGCGGUGGGGAGGGGCACUUUAAGCAAACCACCUUGAAGCCGGCAGAGGAUAGAAAUCAAUAGCAUAGCCAGGCACCUCAGCCACAAAGGUCAAGUGCUUGCGUGCUAUUUACCUCAUCAUCUUUUCUUUAGUAAUGACCUGGCUUCCGGGCACGAGAAGGGAGCAGAGGCUGAGUCAGUCCAGCCCGGGCGCUGUAUUGGUGCUCAGAUCCUGCUUUGUCAACGGAUAUACUUGGUGGCCUCAGGCCAACUGUUCCGCUUCAGCCUUUCCUGUUUGCAAGGUUGGAGUAAGGGGGCUAAUGACAGUGGCCUGCCUUACACGGUUGUUGUGAGGAUUCCAAGGCAAUGUCUAUGCAGCGCUUUGAUCGAUUCUAAAAUAGCACUUUAUUCUUUUAUUGAGCUUUGCAAGAAACCUCCCCACCGUUAAUUUGUCUAAUGGCAGUGAUGGGGGACCUCAGGUCCGGGAGUCAAAUGUAGCCCUUCAAGUCUCUCUGUCUGUCUGGCCCCUGGGCCAGGCCACACCUCCUCUUCCUCACCCAUCUCCAAUUAUUCUGCCUGGCCAGACUGUGUCCUUAACUGUGGUCCACAAUGCAAAGAGUCACCUAUGUUGCCCCAAUCACCAUUGGCACAUGCUCCCCCCCGCCCCAGGUUUCUACUAGAGAAUAUGGUCCUCAGGCUGAAAAAGGUUCCUAAACCCUAGUCUAAUGAAGGCUCAGCAUUGCCGUGUCCUGUAGCAGUGAGUUCCAAAGCUCUGACUCACAUGGAGAAAUCCUUUGUCAGUUUUGGUCCCACUGUCCAUCAUCUUUAUUUAAGUGACUCCCACCUCCAGUUACUGCUUUGCAACUAGGAGGUCCUGGCUGCAGAUCCCCUUUAAAUUGCAUUUUCUGCUGCAGAAAUUGUGCCACAAACUAAUAUUUGCGGAGCUUGUACCUUCUUAAGGGGGCUGACUGAAAUAGCUAAAAAAAUAAAAUAAAAAAUCCUUCAUGUUCAAUUACUGUAAAUCUUAUUUUAAAAAUUAGUGUGAUUGGGGGGAAGGCAGUAAGAGCCCUUCCAGACUGGCGGGGGCAUCUUCUGCAACAUGUAAUUGACACAAUAAUACAUUAGUGAUGGAUUUAUACUGGAUCGUCCGCACAUCAUUCCACUAUAUUGUUCUGUGAUGUUUCCCCAGUGUUACUGCAUUAUUGUCAUCUGCAGGAGCACUCUGGGACAAUAGCACAACAAAUGCUUAACAAACCCCCAACCAUUUGUGGUAUGAAAAGCUGCAAGAUUUCAGUCAGAUCGGAAACAAAGCAGUGUAAUCACCUUGAAACUUGCAGAUGCAAACAGUAUUUGGAAUCCUGUGUACAGUUCUGGUUUCCUCACCUCAAAAAGGACAUUGUAAAGUUGGAGAAGGUUUGGAAAAGGGCAACCGAAAUGAUAGAUGGGAUGGAGCGGUUCCCCUAUUAGGAAAGGUUCCAGCAUUGGGGACUUUUUAGUUUAAAGGAAAGGCACAUGAAAGGCAACGUGAUAGAAGUUUAUAAAAUUACACAUGGGCUUGAAAAAAGUGCAUAGAGAAAAGCUUUCCUCCCUCUCUCGUCACAGUAGAACCUGUGGACAUCCAGUGAAUGUUGGAAUAUUCAGGACAGAUAAAUGAAUGUAUUUCUUCAAGCAAUGCAUAGCUAAACUUUGGAAGAGAUAGAGAUAGCCACCAACUUGGAUGGCUUUAAAAGAGGAUUAGACAAAUUCCUAGAGGAGAGGGCUGUGAAUAGCUACCAGCCACGAUGGCUAUGCUCUGUUUCAACAGUUGAAGGCAGCAGUACAGUAUUUCUAAAUACCAGUUGCUGACAACCUCUGGAGGGGAGAUUUGCUCUUGUGCUUGAAUCCUGCUUGUGGUCAGUCACUGUGAGAACAGGACGCCGGACAAUAAAGCCUGAUCCAGCAAGCUCUUCUUAGCUUCUUCUUAUUGAAAGUGGGAUUGUUUAUAAUUGCCCUGAUAGCACCAUGAGCCCGAAACAGUCAUGAAGGGCUGGUGCUUAGCAACUCUUUCCUAUAUUUUGAAUUGCCAUGACUUCAUUGAGUUAUAUUCAUUGUUUUGAUGGAUUUGUUGUUAUUGCUUGCUUUAUUUAUAUAUAUAUAUGCUACUGUGCAGGGAAUGGCCAUUUUGUUUGUGUUCAAAGCUUGUGCAACGUGCAUGCCGUUUUUGGACCUGGAAGAGGGCAGAAUGGGACAGGGGCGGAACUGAGCAGGCUGGGCUUAUGUGCACCCUGCCAAUGUGUGUGAUGACCCAGAAUGCACCCCCUGCACAAAUCAGGGGUUGCCUGUAUUUGAUAUUACAGUCACAGGACCCCCCCCCAAAGUGUCCCUGUUUUCCAGGGACAGUCCUGGAUUUACAGAAGCCAUUCCAGUUUCUGAUUUGAUCCCAGAAUAUCCCGCUUUUCCUUAGGAUGUCUCUACAGUCAUACCUUGGAUCCUGAAGCCUUGGUACUCGGACGUUUUGGCUCCUGAACGCCGCAAACCCGGAAGUGAGUGUUCCAGUUUGCAAAGGUUCUUUGGAACUCGAAUGUCCAACGGGGCUUCCACAGCUUCUGAUUGGCUGCAGGAGCUUCCUGCAGCCAAUCAGAAGCCGCACUUUGGUUUCUGAACGUUUUGGAAGUCAAACAGGCUUCCGGAACGGAUUCUGUUCAACUUCCAAGGUACGGCUGUAUUUUCAUUGGAGAAACGUUGGGAGAGUAUGGAAUAGGACGUCCCUAUUUUCAUCGGAGAAACGUUGGGAGGGGACGCACUCAUCGCAGUGGAAAAGCAUCUGGAAAAGCAGAAGGCAAAUAUUAAAUUGCAUCAAAAGGACCCCAAGAUGGUGGUUUCAGAAAGUUCACCAUGACAUAGUUUGGAAUGUGGGACUUGGCCAGGGGCAGCGUCAGGAAGCAGUGGCAGAGGUGUCCUUUGGAAACAGCCUUUGGGAUGCAGAGCUGCUGGCGUGUCUCCCUUAAUCUAAUUCUCGCCCUCGCCCAAAAUGCCUGCCAGGGGAAAGCACUAGCUCUGCGCUUCUGAUGCAAACAGCAGCGCUGGCUGGCUGUCGACUGCCUCUCCUCCUGCUGAGCCAAGCCCUGUUCUCUGCCUCUGCCCUUCUUCGCCCAGGACUCUCCAGGAGGGAGAGGGGAGCGGAGGCACCUUUGCAUCUCCUUUUGUUUUUCCUCUGUCCCCACCCUUUUCCCUUCACGCUCUCGCUCUUUCCCUCUCCCCCUGGCUGCCUAUUGUAUGUGUCCAGGCACAUCCUCUCUCUCUCUCUCUCUCUCUCUCUCUCUCUCUCUCUCUAACCACACACAAUACCUGUUAGCAGGAGAAGCCGGAACAGGCGGUGGCUCCUGAUGCCUCCUUCCCUCCUCCUUCAGGUUGGAUGCCUGAGGCCCGGCUGGCGGUGGCAAGGCUUGCCUAGGAGUCGGUGGCACUUGCUCCCAGGGGAUCUGUAGGAACAUACCAGGCCAGUGGCCCAACUAGUCCAGCAUCCUGUUCUCACAGCGGCCAACCAAGUGCCUGCUAGUUGGCCGCUGUGAGCAACUGGUGUUCAGAACAUUGCUUCCUCUGACUGUGAGGCAGAGCACAGCCUCCAUCAUGACUAGUAGCCAUCGAUAGCCAUCUCCUCCGUGAAUUUGUCCAAUCCUCUUUUAAAGAUGUCCGAGUUGGUGGCCAUCACUGCUUCCUGCGGGAUCAAGUUCCAUAGUUUAACUAUGUUGGGGUUGCCAUAUUUCAAAAAGCGAAAAGUUGUUGAGCAAAAAUAACAGUGCCGAUAUGGAUUCCUGAUUUCCACCAGGACACUUCUUCCGACUGCAGUAUUCUGUGUAUGUCUGGGAAAAUCCGGACGUAUGGCAGCCCUAAAUUAUGUGCUGCAUGAAGAAGGACUCCAUUUCAUUGUGGGCAGGAAGGGGGUGUUUGCAUUUUGAGGCCAGGGGCUCCAGCCCAAUCUGAUGAGGCCCUGGCAUACUUCCAGCAAGGCCCUGUGGGGAUAUGUGCCCAUUCACUGUGGAUAUGUGCCUAUGCAGUGGACAUCUGUGUGGGUUGCCGGUUUUCUACCAGGCCAUGUCCAAUGUAUAUAAAGCCCUGAACAACUCUGGACCAGUUUAUAUAUGAGAUGGCCUUGGCCUUGCAUAUGUCUAUUGGGCUGCUCUGAUCUGCGGAACUGGCACUGUUACAGGGGCUACGUAAUACGUUUUUCUGCAUUUGUGAGAAAUUGAUCUUUCAGGGCUUGUCCACACUUCUGCCUGCCCCAUGCCUAGGAAGCACAGGCUGGAGUGGUCUUUCAGUCCCAUGGCUGGUACUUGGAGGUAGACUGCUUCUUGCUCUGGAGGAUCUACUUAGCUCUCAGUCAGUUUCAGCCAGUGUGACCAAGAGACAAGUAUCAUGUGAGGCAUACAGUGGUACCUCGGGUUACAAACACUUCGGGUUACAGACUCUGCUAAACCAGAAGUAGUACCUCUGGUUAAGAACUUUACCUCAGGAUGAGAACAGAAAUUGCGCGGCGGCAGUGGGAGGCCCCAUUAGCUAAAGUGGUACCUCAGGUUAAGAACUGUUUCAGGUUAAGAACGGACAGGUUACAAAUUAAGUUCGUAACCAGAGGUACCACUGUACAGUGGUACCUCGGGUUACAGACACUUCAGGUUACAGACUCCGCUAACCCAGAAAUAGUGCUUCAGGUUAAGAACUUUGCUUCAGGAUGAGAACAGAAAUCGUGCAGUCACAGCACGGCGGCAGCGGGAGGCCACAUUAGCUAAAGUGGUGCUUCAGGUUAAGAACAGUUUCAGGUUAAGAACGAACCUCCAGAACGAAUUAAGUUCUUAACCCGAGGUACCACUGUAGUCUAAAAUAGUGCUUUGUGUCUGAGCACUCCCCCGCCUGCCCACCCUGGUGCUUUCGCCAUCAAAAAUCAUUCUUUACCACUGAAUUGGAGCAAAUGGCAGUCUGCAGAAAACCCAAAUUGCUGCACUGUUAAUAGAGUGGGUUUUCCUAGGGAAAGUGGCAGAAUAAUUUAAAAAAAAAGCGGGGGGAGCUCGGACACAGAGCUUUAAAGUUCAGACCUGUGCUUAGAAAAGCGCAGGGCAACAGGUAAGUGUGGAUGAACCCUUACUUUGUAAGAAGCAGGUCCCAAACUGUUGUCUGUGGACCUCAUUCAGAUGGUCCAUGACGUGUCUGUGGAUUUGUGGUUGAAGAGCAGAGAUUGCAUCAAACAUUCCUGUUGAUUUUUAAUCACAUUACAAUUUGAAUUCAAAUUGCAAUGCAAUAUAUAAUAAAUCAAAGAAGUAAAGAAGAAAGUAGUAAAAAUAUGAUUACGGGCUUCUAGCUGUACAGGCUUUAAAGUUAUAAAUAUAUCAUUUUAAUAUCUUAUUAAAGUUAAAGAUUGGGAUUGAAAAAGUGGAAAAGAAACUGCUGGACAAACAAUUUGGAUUGGAAUACAAAAGAGGGAGGUAUGAGGAAGUCCAGAAAAUAAGUAACUUAAAAAUGGAAAUGGAAAAGAGAUAAUGUUUUUAAUUGUUAUGCUUUUUUUUUAUUUUAUUGUUGAAUUUUGUUUUGUUUUUUGUGUGUGUUGUUGUUAUAUGUAUUGUGUAUGUUUUUUUUCUCUUUCUUUGUUGUUCAAAACCUUAAUAAAAAUUAUUUUAAAAAAAAAUAAAGUUAUAAAUAUAUCAAGAUUAAGGAUUAGGAUUAAAAAGGUUAAAAGAAUGGAAAAAUUGGUUUUUAAUAGGUAAAAAUUUAAUGUUAUAAUAUAUUAAGAUUAAGGAUUGGGAUUAAAAAGGACGGAAAGAAAUUGCUGGACUAACAAACUGAAUUGGAAUACAAAAGAGGGAGGUAUGAGGAGGUCCGGGAAAUAAGUAAAUGUAAAAGAAGUGAUGAAAAGACGGAAUUGUUUUUAACUAUUUUUUCUUUUUUCUUUUUGUAUUUUGCAUUGUGUAUUUUUCCUUUUAUUUUUAAAUUCUUCUUUUUUAUUAAUGUGAUUCUUUUUUUGUGAAACUUUAAUAAAUAUCUUAAAAAAAAAAAAUGAUUACGCAGCGUCUAGCACAACACAUUAAAAUCACUAAAGCAGGCAGAAUAAUCAUCAAGUGGUCUGCCAAGACCCAAGGGGGGGGGGGGAGUUGGGGAAGUGCUGGUAUAAAGAACUUCAUGCAUUUGUGAUGGUUAAUCAAUAUUAUAGCAUUUCAAGUGUGAGGCCAAUGAUGAAGGGGUUUUGUCUCAUCGGGGAAAAGUAGUUGGGGAUUUGAAGGCUGCCACAUGUUUAUUUAUUUACUUCAUUUAUAUCCCAUCUUUUCUGGCAUUGAACUCAAGGUAGCUUACGUGGUUCCUUGCUCCCCCCCCCCCGCACUCUUUUAUUUCCCCCACCAACAACAACUCUGUGAGGUAGGUUAGGCUGAGGUGAGUUAUUUUCUCUGCACUAGCCAAAGUCCACAUAUUCUUGUAGCACUACAAGAGGUUUAAGUCCUGUAGCAUCUUCCGUUUCCGGGACAAGAAAAGCUCUCGCUGCAGCUAGCAUCUGUGUCAGAUGUUCCUUAGAUCAGAAAGCUGCUAUUUGACCAUCCCACAAGUUCAAAAGGUCAAGUUGUGGGGAGGCUGAAAUGGGGCAUUUAAAUUCUUUUUUUCUGUGUCUUCAAAAUCAUUCUAGACUUAUUCCCUUCAGAGAGCUACAGUUGUCAGAGUGGUUUUAUAACCAGUCCCUCCCCACAGGAAACUCUAGGAAUUGUAGCUUGGGGGGGGGUUCCUCCUAAGGACUUUCAACACCCUUAACAAACUACAGUUCCCAUGAUUCGUUGAGGGUAAGCCAUGACUGUUUCAAGUACAGUGGUACCUCGGGUUACAUACGCUUCAGGUUACAUACGCUUCAGGUUACAGACUCCGCUAACCCAGAAAUAGUACCUCGGGUUAAGAACUUUGCUUCAGGAUGAGAACAGAAAUCGUGCGGUGGCGGCGGGAGGCCCCAUUAGCUAAAGUGGUGCUUCAGGUUAAGAACAGUUUCAGGUUAAGAACGGACCUCUGGAACGAAUUAAGUACGUAACCAGAGGUACCACUGUAAAUGGUUAGUGCGGAUGUGGCCUAAGUAAAAAACAAAGAAACCAAUAAGUAAAUAAAUAAUACAGCAAGGCAUGUGGGUGCCCUUAGACUGCAAUCAGAGCAGCUUCCUGCCCCAACAGGCUAAAGUUGGCUGGAGGGGCAAGAGGAAAAGGAACGGGAAGGCAGGACAGCUGGCUGGAUCUGCUUUGGGGGGGGGGGGGGUUGCAGGGGAGCCGUAGCGCUGCUGAAUGGCGCUUUUCAGGUUCCAGCAUGCCGGUGUCACCUGUUGCAUCUGUGCAAGGCAUGAAAUGUCAAAGGGGGACAUGUCGCCCUUUGCCAGCCCCUCCAGCUCUGGUGAAGGCGCAGAGUCAGAGUGGGGACCGGGGCUAUGAACGUUGUCCCGCUUUGUUUCUGAAAGGAGAGGCUCCAGUUCUCAGUUUUUCCUGGAAAGUCACCCCUUUAGCAUUCCCCGAGAACUGGAGGGAAGGGAAAGGGGUGCAUGGAAGAGUUGCUCUGCACAUGCUCAGAGGCCUGCUGGUAAUCUGGCUCUUGCUCCAAGGCUGCCGCCAGCUUUGAAUGAAGAGGCUGUUGAUCCAGGUCUGCUGGGCUGCACAUGGAGCCUUGAUGUUCAUAUGCUCUCAUUGAAGGGCAUGGGCAUUAGAGAAGAGACCAGCAUCUGUUCCCCAUUCUGAGACUGGAGUUCUGGAAAACCUGUGGAGGGAGCAAAAUAUUUCCCCAUCCUUGUGCAUUCUGGUUGUUUCUGCCUAUAGGAUUUUUUAAGUUUAGAGAAAAGGCGAAAUGAUGCGCAGCAUGGAGAAAGUGGCUGGAGAAACUUUUUUCUCCCCGUCUCAUAACACUAGAAGUCAUGGACACCUCAUGAAGGUGAAUGUUGGAAGAUGCUGGAUGGAUAAACGAAAGGGCAUCUUUGCACUGCGCAAUCUAUGGAACUCACUGCCACAGGAGGCGGGCGAUGGUCACCAAGUUGGAUGACUUUAAGAGAGAACUGGAUAAAUUCAUGAAGUGAAAGGCUCACAGUGACUACUAGCCACAAUAGCUAUGCUUGUAAUGCUUCUGAACGCCAGUAAGGGAAGCCACAGGAGGGGAGAGUUGCUCUCGUGCUCGAAUCCUGCUUGGGGGCUUCCCAUAAUGGGCAUCUCUGCUUAGCCCACUGCAAACAGGAUGCUGGACUCAAUGGGCCAUUGACCCGAUCUAGCAGGCUCUUUUACUUUCCUUAUGCUGCCAUUCAGUCCCAGCCAGCAUGGCUGAAAAAUGGCAGUGCUGACUGGAAUGGAUGGGGGGAGGAAUUUCAAAACAAGCUGGAAGGCCGGACAAGGCCACUGACUAAAUUUCACCCAAUUUUAACAUGGAGACCCACCCCACCCCUGAAGGCAAACUCAGGGACAGGGAUAUUACUAGGUUACCACCAAUACCCCUUGAAAAAGAAGGAAUGCCCGUGGCAAAUUUACAAAUCACCUAAAACGUACGAAGUGCUGUAUGUAGAUUAGAAGCACAAAACUCACUGCCUACAUUCUAGGCUGAAAGACCUUCAGUCCCUGUCUACAUAUUAUUAGGAGUCUGGUUUCCUUCCUUCUAGCAGACAUUGUACUUCUUUCUCCUCCUCCUCUCUCUCUGUCUUGGGACAUCUCUUCCUUUGGUAUGGUAGCCAGACUGGUUUGACAGUCACUCCUUCUCACAACUGAGUCCUGGCUGAGAUGUAAAGUUUUGCAGGGAGGUGUGUGUGUGUUAGUAGUUCUUUUUAACAGAUGAUUUUUUUAGCACAUGCUCCAAACCAUUUGCAUAUUUUUGGGGCGGUGGUGGUGAAUGUGACAAUUAUCCUGGUACAGUAUAGAACAAAUCAAAAACUAGAAGCGUAGAUAUAGGACACUUUCGCACCAUACACGCAAAGUGAUGCCACUUUUAAGAGCCCAUGGCUUCCCCCCAAAGUAUUCUGGGAGCUGUAGUUUAUUAAGGGUACUGAGAGUUGUGAAAAGGACCCUGUUUCCCUCAGAGAGCUACAGUUCCCAGAGUUCCCCAUGUGGAAGCAGUGACUUGUUAAACCACUCUGAGGACUGUAGCUCUGUUAAGGGAAACAGGGUCUUCAUAACAAUUCUCAGCACCCUAAACAAACUACAGCUCCCAGAAUUCUUUGUGGGAAGCAAUGGCUGUUUAAAGCGGUAUCGACAUAGCUCUUUAAAUGUUUGUUGUGGAUGUGGCCAUACCCUCAUUCUCCUUCCCACUCUUCCUAUUUCUUACCCGCCAUAUGGCCGACAAAUUAGGUAGUGUAAGGCCCCUUCCAGCUCUCUGAUGCUAUGAAGCCUCCUUGGGUGGCCUGGGACACGUCACUUGGCCUGACCUCCCUCGCAGGGAUAGCGCGAGAGAUAAGAGCAGCUCGUAACCCGCCCAGAGCCCUCAGGCCAGGGUGGGAGAAGGAUAUUCUCUGCAAAGGCUCCAUAUCAACUUCCCUGCAGAGGUUUUCAUUGCAGGUUUUCUGGAGUUUGCAUGGGAGUUGUGGGCUGGGGGGUGGGGGAGUCAUGAUCACUGCCCACCCUCCCUCUUUCUCUCCAGCCUCCUUGUUUUCUCCUCCUUCUUAAGUUAUUCUGCUGAGACACGCUCUCUCCCUCCCAAGGGAAGCGUCUCCCUGCCCUGGCUGGAAUGUUCCCAUGAGGCAACCAACCUCAGAGUUGCGUGCCCAGGAGAGCUGCUCCUGCGUGCUUGUCAUGCUUUUUUGCGAUAGCAUCUCCCAGAGUUGGCUGGGCCUGACUCCAGCGUCGGGAGAUUUCCGCCUUCCUCACUUUCCUUUUGGCCUCUUGUUUAUUUACUUCAUAAAAUUUGUACGCCGCUGGGUUGUCAACAAAACCAGAAAGUGGUUGUCAAAGAGAAAAAUGUGGGAGAAUAUUGCCUAAUAGAAAGUAGAAUCGUAGAUUCAUAGAAUUGUACAGUUGGAAGGGACCCUGUGGGUCAUCUAGUCCAACCCCCUGCAAUUGAGGAAUCUCAGCUAGAUCGUACGUGACAGAUGGACACCCAACCUCUGCUUAAAAACCUCCAAGGUAGGAGAGUCCACCACCUAUGGUAGAAGUGUGUUCCGCUGUCGAACAGCUCUUACUGUCAAGAAAGUUCUUCCUGGUGUUUAGUUGGAAUCUCUUUUCUUGUAACUUGAAUCCAUUGGUUUGAGUCUUAGACUCCAAAGCAGGAGAAAACAAGGUUGCUCCAUCUUCCAUUUGACAACCCUUCAGAUAUCUGAAUAUGGCUAUUAUAUCUCCUCUCAGCCUUCUCCUCGCCAGGCUAAACAUACCCAGCUCCCUCAACCGUUCCUCACAAGGCUUGGUUUCCAGACCCUUGAACAUCUUGGUUGCCUUCCUCUGCAUAUGUUCCAGCUUGUCAAUAUCCUCCUUAAGUUGUGGUGCCCAGAACUCCACAGUACUCCAGGUGUGGCCUGAGCAAGGCGGAAUAGAGCCGGACUAUGACUUCCCCUGAUCAGGACACUAUACUUCCAGACCCUCCAAGUGUCCCUAUGUUCCAGGGACAGCCCUGGAUUUCCAGAAGCCAUCCCAGUUUCUGAUUUGAUGCCAGAAUGUCCCACUUUUCCUUAGGAUGUUUCUAUAUUCAUUGGAGAAAUGUUGGAGGGUAUGGAGUUAUGCGACCCCUGAACCAAGGAGACAAGUAACUACACAACCUUUAGAAGGCAUCUGAAGGCAGCCCUGUAUAGGGAAGUUGUUUUGAUGUUUAAUGUUUCAUUAUGUUUUUAUACAUGCUGGAAGCCGCCCAGAGUAGCUGGGGCAACCCAGUCAGAUGGUCAGGAUAUAAAUAAUAAAAUUACUAUCAUAUCAUCAUCAUCAUCAUUAUGAUGGACAAGAAUGUCCCUAUUUUCAUCAGAGAAAUGUUGGAGGGUAUGUACUUCUGUUGAUGCAGCUUCCUAACAAUUCUCAGCCCCCUUAAGAAACUACAGUUCCCAAGAUUCUUUGGGGGAAAGAAGCCAUCACUGUUUAAAGUGGUAUCGCAGCUCUUUAAAUGCAUGGUGUGAAUGUGGCUUUUGCUCAGGCUCUCAUGUUCGUUUGGAGCAUUCAGAUGUGGCUUAUUCCACCCAAAGCGAUUCCUCUCUUCUCCCAAGUUGGAGCAGAGGAUGGUGGGGUUCGUGGACCCAGGCCUGACUCAGCACAAGGCGCAGCGUCACAGGCUGCCUCUAUCCUGAGCUGGCGGUUGUGAUGAUUUAACUUUAUUACAUUCCCCCCCAUGGGCACUUCUCCUAUAAACACGCAAAGAUAUCAGGGCAGGCGGUGCACAUUUUGCUGACAUACGAAAGACUGCUUUGGGGAGCCAGCUGAACUUGUUUGGCUCCUCUCCUUCUGCUCCCCCCACCCCUGCCGCACCGCCUCACUUUAUUCCUUUUGGUUUCCUUUCUGAUGUUGUUAACAGCUUCCUUGUUUGCUGCCUGGCCACAGUUACACUUCCUUGCCUAGCUAGUAUUUCAGAACCCUGAGCCUUCUUUGCAGAAAAUAUCAGGUGCACUCCGCUUGCUGGGAGUCACCACAACCAGGCACCAUCAACAGGCAGGGUGGGGCAUUUGCUGGGGGCCAGAGACGGCUAAGGACCCCACCAUUGAUCCUUUGCCUUCAGCUUGCCUUCUCAUUAGCUGUGGUUCCUGCAUUGCAAGGGGUUGGUCUAGAUGGCACUCAGGGUCCCUUCCAACUCUAGAAUUCUAUGAUUCUAUUUUUUUUUUUUUAAAGCAAUUUAUUGGAUUUUACAAUAAGAAUAAACAUAGUAAACAAUAUAACAUUUGUCUUAACAUAGUUUCACAUUUUCUUUGGACUUCCUCACAUCUCCCGCUCCCACUUUCAUCGUUAUAACAUUUUGUCAGCAAUUUAUCAUCUUAUUCAAAUUCUUAUAUCUAGAAUUCUAUGAUUCUAAUGCACGUGUGUCUGAGUUCUGAACACCUGCCUUUUCCAGCUUGAAAUGUUUUUCCUCCCUCUCUCAUGACAGUAGAAUUUGUGAGCAUCCACUCAAUGACACUGGGUGUUGUAAGGUUCAGGAAAGAUAAAAAGAAAGGACUUCUUCACACAGUGCAUUGUUAAACUGCGGAACUCGCUUCCACAGGAGGCAGUGAUGACAGCCACCAACCUGGAUGGCUUUAAAAGAAGAUUGGACAAAUUCAUGGAGGAGAAGGCUAUCCAUGGCUACUAGCCAUUAUGGCGAUGUUCUGCCUCCACGGUCGCAGGCAGAAAUGCUCCUGAAUGCCAGUUGCUUGAAAACUCAGAUGAUCUUGUCCUCCAGUCCUGCUUGUGGGGUUUCCCACUGGGGCAUCUGACUGGCCACUGUGAGAACAGGAUGCUGCACUAGAUGGGCCAUUGGCCUGAUCCAGCAGCCUCUUCUGAUGUCCUUAUGAACCUGUACACCAAUUGGAUCAUCCUGGAGGCCCUGCUUCAGGUCCCUUUACCUUCAGAACCUAGACGGUUGGAGAACAGGGUCUUUUCUGUGCUGGGGCUGCAUUUUCUUAAAUUUAGAGUUUUAUCUAGAAGUUGAGAAAUUUUUAUUUUUAUUUUUACAGGCUUCCCUAGGAGGAUGAGUGGGCAGUUAGCUGCUUUUGUUUACUGAGAACUACUUUAUAUGGUUUUUAACUUGUUUUUUUAUUGCUGUAUACUGCUGUGGUGUUUUGUAACGUUUUAGUGGCUUAUAAGUAUUCCAAAUAAAGAUAAAAUAAAAAAUAGGCGCAAUCCUUCCACAGAGACGUUUCUUUGGUCCCUGUCAUUGUUGAAGCACCAGGCACAAACAAUUUUAUUUUAUUAUGCCUUUGGUACGAGUUUCUGCUCCAGAGCCUGAGUCUGCAGUGACUUAUUUGUUGCCUUUACCGUACACCCCACCUUCUUCUCCAAUGAGUGGCACACGUGCUUCUCCCCUUUCCUCAUUCAAUCCCUACAACAACACUGUGAGGUAAGUUACACUGAGAGGCAACAUCUGGCCUAAGGUUGACCAGUGAGCUUCGUGGUGGCCGAGUAGGAAUUUGAACCCUGGUCUCCCAGGUCCUGGUCUAACCAUUACACCACACUAUCUCUCACUGGUUCUUGGCUGCUGUUUGACUGUAUUUGGUGCCGUGGAUUGAUUCUGAGGUGUUUAUGUAGCUUGCAGCAGUUGACUUUGUUGUUUGGUGUGUAAACUGCUCUGAACAUUGACACGCAAUUGCCUCUCGUCGAUUGGAAAGCCAAAAGCCUGCCCUUUAGAUUGAAGAAGUGUUUGGAAUACACAAUUGUCAGCAGUUGAUGUGUGUGUGGAGUGGCAGGCUGAACAUGGCCUUAGUAGUGUUCGUGCGCAUGUGCUUACAUGCUCAAGACAAGAGAUGGCUGUCCAAUUGGCUACUCAGAGAUUUGACUUCUAGAGACCCAGAGAACCUGGAAUUCCCCAAAGGGCAGGAACACAGGGGCAUUGGAAGCUACCUUAUACCGAGUCAGGCCAUCAUUGGUCCAUUUAGCUUAGCAUUGUCUACACUGAUUGGCCCCAGCUGCCCAGCGUUUCAGACCAAGAGUCUCUCUCAGUCCAUAUCAAACAGCAAUAUUUCUCCAGCAGCUACAGGAUCCCUGUGGGUUGUGGCUAAUGUCGUGUGUACUUGGUUUAGAAUCUUACAAUUGAAAGGUAUCCCCAAAAUUGCUUUCAUUCCAAAACAAUUAAUUACUGACUGGCGGGGAGAGUUUUACAGUGAUCCAUGGGCCCAUAACUGUCUCUGGUAAAUGCACAGCCCUAAUGUACAUCACUAAAUAAAAUUUGAGCAAACACCCACCUGCCCAGAUUUUCUCCCAAAUUCUCCGGGGGGUCCCAGAAGUGCUUCCCAGCAACUGCCCCACCCUUGCAGUCCCCACCCCCAAACCAUGGACUAGGAAGGGCACACACAAGUAACAGGGUUGUGAGGCACUUUGUAAAUUAAAAGGGCAGGGACAUCAAUGCUGAAUAGGUGUGGUGGAGUGUGCAUGAGAGGCAUUACAUCAGUAGCGUUAAUUCUCCUUAAGACCAGGCUUGACGUUCAUUAAGGAGGGGGGCGGUAUUGUUUUCAGGGCCCCAGCUCCUAUUGUUCUGGCCCAUACAUUUUUUAAACCCACUGAAGUUCUCUCUCUCUCUCUCUCUCUCUCUCUCUCUGUGUGUGUGUGUGUGUGUCUAUUUCAGAAAGAGAAGUAUUUGUGGAAUCUGAUUGAGUCAAAUACAAACCCGCAAAGGUACAACAGAGAAAGUGUAUAAAGAGAAGUUCCCCUCACUCUCUCAUAACACUAUAAUUCGUGGACAUCCAACGAAGCUGAUUGUUGGAAGAUUUAGGACAAAUAAAAGGAAGGACUUCUUCACACAGGGCACAGUUAAACUAUGGAAAUUGCUCUCGCAGGAGCCACCAAUUUGGAUGGCUUGGAAAGAGGAUUAGAUCAGUCAGAGGCGGAAAUGCAUCUGAAUACCAGUUGCUGGAGGCUUGUGUUCAGGUCCUGCCCAUUGGGGCAGCUGUUUGGCCACUGUGAUAACAGGAUACAGUACUGACCUGGAUGAGCCACUGGCCUCAUUCAGCAGACUCCUCCUAUGUUCCUAUGCUCUUAGGUUGUACUGCAGAGAUAAGUCUUCUGUGCUGUGAUUAUCUUGUGCUCGCAGGGACCCCAGGUUAUUUUUUUUAAAAAUUAAGUAAACAAUGGAGCAUCACCAAACCACAUGAAAAUGGUUCCCCCCCCCACCUCCAGCAUAAAACCCUCCAGCAAGACAGCCAAGAUUUCUGCACUCUCUCUUUUCCGCCCCCCUACUGUGUGUUUUUCAUGAUUUGGGAGCAGAGGGGUGGCAGGAUGGGGAGGGGGGCUCACUUGAAACAAACGGGUGAGUUCAUCCUCUCCACCAAACCGCCUACCCACCCACUGCGCCAAUGCCUGCAUUGUGUGCCCUCUGACGAUGAGUCAAUGGAAUUGGGGAUUUAGAGGGCUUAAGUCUCAUAAUUAAUGUAAACUUUGCCUCAAACGGUUGGCAGUCACCGUGCCCCCCUCUCCUGGGGGUUUUCUAAGCUUCCCUCUAUUGUUUUCUGGUCCUUCCCAAGAGGCCUUGCUCCCUUCUCCCCACCUCACUUAUUUCCAGCUGGCGCUCGGGGCUGUUGCGAUAAAACUGAUAUCAGAUACAGCUUUUCAGACUCUCUGUGCCUGCUGGGGCAACAUGUACUUCCCCCAAAGAAUAGAGACAAAUGUAAGGCCCAACACUUACGUAUGAAUGAUCAGAUGGGGACAGAGGGCCCCUGGCUUGACAGCAGUUGGUGUGAAAAGCAUCCAGGGGUCUUUGAGGACGACAGGUUUAAUAUGAGUCAACAGUGUCCAAAGCUUGGGACACUACAUCAAAGGCUCAAGAUGAAUAAUAAGUAUAAUAAUAAAUUGGCAGUUCUAACAACAGAGGGGUUAAGGAGUGGCGACUGGGGCCUUUGAAUUUAUGCAUAUAUGAUCUGGAGCAAGGGGUGAGCAAAUAAGCUGGCUAUGUUUACUGCCUACUACGCUGCUGGAGCAAGAUGAUGAAGCUUCUGGAAAUCAAGCCUUAUGAGGAACCGUUGAGGGAAUUGGGUAUGUUCAUCCUGGUGAGGAGGAGGCUGAUAUAAAGACCUGAAGGGCUGGCACAUGGAGGAUGGAGCAAGCUUGUUUUCUGCUGCUCCAAUGGUAGGACCCAAACCAAAGGAUUCAAACGACAAGAAAGAUUUCCACUAAACCUUGGGAAGAACUUCAUGAUGGUAAGAGGUGUUCGACAGUGGAACCGACUCCCUGGGAAGGUGAUAGACUCUUCUUCCUUGGAGGUUCUUAAGCAGAGGUUGGAUGCCCAUCUGCCAGGGAUUAUUUAGCUGUGAUUCCUGCAUUGCAGGGGGGUUGGGCUAGAUGACUCUUGGUGUACCUUCCAGCUCUACAGUUCUACGAAUUCUGGGAGCUGUCCUUUGUUUAAGGGUGCUGAGGCCCCUGUUACCCCCCAAGAGCUCAAAUUCUCUUAAGAGGUUUAACGGUCUGUCCUUCUUCCCAGGGAAUUCUGGGAAUUGUCCCUUUGUACAGCAGGCAGUGGGUUCGUGCUGACAACCUGCGCCCACCUGCCACUUACAGACCCUGGUCUGGACCCUGAAGAAUGAGCAUGCUGGCAACUCUCUGUAAAGAAGAGCAACAAGGCAUCCUAUAGUUUAGGGGUAAAUGGGGAGAAUGGAUUUUCUUGGCUUAAAGAUAAGGGAUACCACAGGGACUAUCUUUGGUCUGGGUUGGAGCAUAUGGGGCACUUAUUGGAAGAUCGGGGCUGGAGAGCCCAGGAUCAUAUCUCUGUGUGUGUUUUUGUGCUGAGGGUGGCACUUUGCCAGCUGUAGAAGAAGCAUGGAGCUGUGAGGGUCAUUACAGCAAAUAUAAGAACAGAAGAUCGGACCUGCUGGAUCAGACCAAAGGCUUAACUAUCUAGCAUCCUGUUUCCUACUGGGGCAGUGAAGGUUGGUGCCCAUUAGGAUGGGUGACGUGGAAGGCAAGAACCAGAAGUCUGGAGGCAGAGCCAGCUAGUCCUGGUUUUUGUCCUCCUCCUCCUCCAAUUCCCUGCUGAGUUCUAGGAGGGCAACACUGAGACCUUAAAUGCCGCAUUUGCACCAUAUGUUUAAAGCACUAUGAUCCCACUUUAAGUGGUCAUGGCUUCCUGCAAAGAAUUCUGGGAGCUGUAGGGUCCUGAGAGUUGCUGGAGGCCCCUAUUCCCCUUGCAGAACUACAGUUUCUAAAGUGGUUUAACAGCCAAUCUCUCUUCCCAAGAAAUUCUAGGAAUUGUAGCUCUGGGUGGGGAAUUGGGGGGGAGGGUCUCUUACCAUCUCUCAGCACCCUUGAACAAACUACAACACAUCCAAGUAAUCAGCAGCAACACUAUUGGCAACCUCCUGGUCAGUUCUGACCUCAUCAAUGCAAAUGUGACGUUAGGAUUUUGCCCCAGUGUGCGUCAUUUAACACUUAUUUGCACUGAACCACAUGUGCCAUUUAAUGCCAUUGAAGAUUUUGAUGUUCUUUAUAAACUUGUUUUGUAAUUAUCACCCCGAAUAACUGGAUGUCACCAGCAAACUUAGCCACCUUAUUGCUCACCCCUCACUCCAGAUCAUAUAUGCGUCAAUUCAAAAGCUCCAGUCGCCACUCUGUUGCGAGAACUGCCAGUUUACGAUUAUACUUAUUAUUCAUCUUGAGCCUUUGAUGUAGUAUCCCAAGCUUUGAAUAUGCGCCCCCAUUACAACAACCCUGUAGUGUAGGCCAGUAAUGCUAGGUGGAAGCCCGAAUGGUGCCUGAAUAGGGUGCUUCAGACUUCUCACUCGACUCCUCCCACCCCAUGACUAGAAAAAAUACCACGCAGAAGCCCAAUUAUGGAGACAUGCCUCAGUUGCAUAUGCAAAACCCAGGGUUUCAUAGGCUCCAACUGUCCCAGUUUACAAUUCCUGUUUUCUUCUACCUUCCCCAGGGAAAUUACUACGUCUUGUAUUGUCCUAAUUUCUGCCUUUGGGGAUUGCUUUAUUUGAAAUGUUGAUUAGUUGCUAGUGUGGUCAUUCGGCUCAUCCUCGUAGAUAGGUGGAUUCAUUAUGUCUCUCUAAUGUGCAUCCGUGUUUUGAAAUGCAUGAGUGCUAAAGGCGCCAGGCAAUGCACACCCGUUCAACUGCUGUGGGAGGCUUUGAAAGAGUCAUAACUUACUGUAGGGCAAUUAUUUCCAUAGCAGCCUUCCCCAACUUAGUGCUCUCCAGAUGUUUUGGACUCCAACUCCCAUCAGCCCCCAGCCAGUGUGACCAUUUUGGACCACAACUCCCAUCAGCCACCACAGCCAUUUCAUGUCCAUCGCCUAGCUUUUCAGAAGAACACAGUACAGAGUCUUCAAGAAUAACCCUGUUCCCAUGUCUACAAGUGAACAAUUAAUGUUCAUGACAGGGAGGAAAUUAUUAUUCAGUCAGUCAGUCAGUCAGUCAGUUUCUGUCCCACACCAUCAUAUAGGUCUGGUUACAAUACAAAAAACACAGCACCAUAAAAAAAAAUAGCAAUUAGAACUGUGUGUUCUAGUUCAAAACUGUAUUUUUAUAGCAGGCUGCUGAAUCUCAGAGCCCUCAAGAACCUUGGGCAAAGAGAUGGUGUCUCUAAACCGUGCUGAAAGAUAGGCAUGGAAGGCACCGGAUGCACCUCUGACUGGCAGGCAGCACCCAGCCUGACCCUACAGGAUGUGGGGAGGACGUUGACUUUAAGAUGGAAUUAGACAAAUCCAUGAAGGACAGGCUUUUUAGUGCCUUGUGAGCCGUCAUGGAGCUUCCAUGUUCAAUAGCAGUGUAUCCCUGAACACCAGUAAUUGGGGAUCAACCCUAGGGGACAACCAUAUUGCCUUGAUGGUCUGCUUGUAGGCUUCCUCGGGGCUUUUGGGUGGGAAGGAAUUGCUGGGAUAGACGGACCUCUGGUCUGAUCUAGCAAGGAUGCUCUUAUGUCCUUAUGGUAGUGCCCAUGUGAACAGUCCCUGCUUGUGUGGGGAAACCAAUGUGCACAGUGGACACCCAGGGGUGGUGUGGCCUGCUACUUUCCACCUCACCUGGUCUUGUGUAUCAACUUUACACUGGUGGUCACAUGAAUGGGGCUGAUGCAUGAUAGUGUAUGGUUUGAGGCAUAGGAUGUGGUCUGUGGUGCGGGUGUACGAUGCCCACAAAAUGGUACUGUGGUCAGAGAAAUGUUGGAGAACAUUAAAGUUUGUGUGUUUGUGUGCUGUAGAAUUUAGGGAAUUUAGUAGAAUUUUGAGGCACCGGGAGAAGCCUGCAGCUGCGCCCCAAGAGGUGUCCCUCCUGUGACUCUUCCUCCCUGAGGACUUUGUUAUCGUGUCGAGGCAACAGUGCCUCUCCCACUCCAUUGCGGUUCCUGGAUCCCAAAUGUGGCGUCUGGGAUCAGCUAAACCCUUAAAACGGCGGGCUUAGUCCCGGCAGGGCUGGGAAGCCUCAGAUAAGACCGGGGAUUUGGGUUGUGCAGGUAUUGGCAGGUGCCGUGCUCAACUCUUGCCUCCAUCUUGCCAGCUGUACCCCCCGGUGGGUAUUCCCCCCGGGCUGUGGCAGGCCUCAGAGGGUGCAGAGAGGGGUGAGGAGUUGGAGAGGGCUCUCUUGGAAGGGAAUGAAGCCCACCUAAGCAGAUUGGGGCCUGGCGUGGGGCUUGAAGGUUGUGGGGUGGUACAAGGGACAAGGCCCAAUUCCCACUGAGGUGCCUGACCUAUGUGAGGGGCGUUGUGGCUCAGCAACUACCUCCCAAAGUGGAGGAAGGACAUAGCCAUUGUGGCUAAUAGCCCUUAGCCUCCUUUAAGGUGCCCCCAAAAGACUGAGGUAAAAAUGUAAAGGAAUCUUAUUGCUGUGUGUUUGAGACACUGGUUUGCAAAAUUAUCUCGUCCUUUAUCCCUCCAGUUCUUCCUCUCUGUUCUUGUUUAUGGUGCCAGCACCAGGGCUGAGGAGUCAGGAGUUCUGGUGGCAGCUGGCUAGUCUUGGCUGUCCCAAAAUGCAGUGUCCCAGAAGUUCCAUGAUGAUAGUGCAUUGUGCAUUUAAAAAAAGUCGUCAAGGCUGGGGUUGCCAGGUCAGGAACAUCCCAGACGCUGAGGUUUCCCAAACCCUGGAGAUGGUGAUUAUUUUGGAGAGGGGAGAAGAGGAAGGCAGACCCCCCCCAAGCAUUUGUGCCAUAAUUUGUGCACAUGAGAACACACACACACGCCUGCCUGCCUGGAGAUUCAAUCUCAGCAAACCUGGGCCUCAGCUACAUUAGUUUUUGGGGGUUUUUUAAGCGUUUUAAAUGUGUUAUAGCACCGUAACACCAGAUGGCACUGUGGAGUUCCGUCUUUCGGCAACGUGAUUCCCCAUUAUGAGGUUUACAACACGUUUUCCAGAAACGGUUUUUUAAAUGUGUCUAGAUCCAGCCCUGGAGACUUCAGGUCAGACCUGGAAGUCUGGCAACCCUAAUUGCGGCUCUCACAAAAAUACUGGGCAUUGCAAAAAUAAAAAUGGAAAACUAAUAUGGUAGCUGCAACAGCGGCUGCUGGGGGACUGGAGUGGAGACCCCAUUGACUCUGGAGAGAGCCUGCCUUAGCCUUGCACAUUUCAUUAUUGUGCAGAAGCCUAGCAAGGGAGAACCUUCCAAAGGAUAUAAAAUGGUCAUGGUUACAUCACAUUCCUUAUGCCUGUGGCUUGCUAGGCAAGUUCAGCAACCGGCAUGGAAUUUGUCAUUCUGAAAACCACAGCUUUCAUUAAAAACAAACCCACGCCGCUUGUCCUCAUGAUUGCUGAGAUUACUUUGAAAUUGUGCUGGCUGUGUACAAAAAACUCAAAUUAGGAAUGAAAGUAGACAUUUGUGAUAUUGUGGAGAGGCAGGGAACUUUUCUGCCUCACAUAUAGUGCUGGAACUCAGGGUUAGCAAAUGAUUACAGAUUGUUUGGCAAUGGGUUCAGGACUGGGCGAAAGAAAGUUGCUUGUUCACAAUGAACUCAUGUGUUGCACUGCCACAAGAUGCAGUGAUGUGGCUUAUAGCUUUGAGGUCUUUUUAAAUGGCGUAGCGAAAAUCCAUGGAGGACAGGUCUGUGUUAAUGACUGUUCGCCGUGAGAGAUAAAGGGCACCUCUUCCAAUUUUAUACCUUUGAAUAAAUUCCAGAAACUGGGAACAAACAGCAGAGGGUGUGGCUUCCUGUGAGCUUCCCAGAGUCAUAAAUUGGCCGCUGUACUCUGUGCUCUGGUAACUGCCAGACUGGACUGCUGCAACACGCUCUAUGUGGGGCUGCCCUUGAAGACGACUUGGAAACUUCAAUUGGCCAAAAUGCAGAGGUCAGAUUACUGGUUGGGGUUGCAUUUACCAGUAGAUCUCAUAUAAGCCCUGUUUUAAAACAGCUGCACGACUUGCUCGUUCGUUUCUGGGCCCAACUCAAGGUGCUCGCUUUAGUUUGUACAGCACAGCCCUAAAUGGCUCAGACCCCAAAUACCUGAAAAACAGCCUCCUUCCCUAGAGAGCCUCUUGGGUGCUGAGCUUGGCAGAGGGGGGCCUCUUGGUUGUUCCACCACCCUCAGAAGUUUAGGAUGGUGGUGACCUGGGAGAGGGCCUUCUCUGUGGCAGCAUAAGCUCAGGAACUCCCUCUCCACAGAGCUGUGUCAGUCACCUUCACUAUACAGCUUAUGGUGAAUGCUGAAGAUGCACCUCCUUACCCUGACUUUUGAUACUUGAGGUGUCUUAUGGGUAGCUUAGUCAGUAGAGCAGGGGUCAGCAAACUUUUUCAGCAGGGAGCCGGUCCACUGUCCCUCAGACAUUGUGGGGGGCCGGACUAUAUUUUGGAAAAAAAAAUUGAACAAAUUCCUAUGCCCCACAAAUAACCCAGAGAUGCAUUUUAAAUUAAACACACAGUUAAGGAGCUGGGCUGUGGGCCCUUGCUUGCCUCAGCCUCCUGGAGCGCCCUGCCUACUGCUCCCUAUGCCUCAGACCCUGUCGUGUUUGUGGAGACAGGGGCCCCUCUGGCUCUGAUGAUGGGUCCUCCUACUCUGGUUCCUGUGCCCCUCCAUCACCCUGAGUCGGGUUUCUUAUUUGGACUUGCUCAGCACUGGUUGGUUUCUUUUCUUUGAUUGCCCUCUCUGAACUUGCCGUGCGCGAGAUCCGAACCCCAGGGUUUGCAGUGACUCUGUGAUAUACCGUACUUUUGGCUGGGAGAGACACACAGCACCACCAGCAACUUCACAUCACCCCCUAAGAAGAACAAACAAGACAUACAAAUUGGGCAGGUGUGCUCCUUGUUUGGAGGGGCUCUUGCCUGCUCCUCACCCCCUUGGCAUUGCCCAUGGAUUAAUCUGCCAGUCUUGUGUUCUCUCUCUCUCUCUCUUUUAAAAAAAGCAUUUUUUAAAAAAGUCCUCUUGAAAAUUUGCCUGCAUUUCAGGUCACCUUUUUUCUAUUUAACACAUCCUUGCAUGCCAUCUUGCUAUGUACAGUGGUACCUCAGGUUACAUACACUUCAGGUUACAUACGUUUCAGGUUACAGACUCCGCUAACCCAGAAAUAGUGCUUCAGGUUAAGAACUUUGUUUCAGGAUGAGAACAGAAAUCGUGCUCCAGCGGCGCGGCGGCAGCAGGAGGCCCCAUUAGCUAAAGUGGUGCUUCAGGUUAAGAAUAGUUUCAGGUUAAGUACAGACCUCCAGAAUGAAUUAAGUACUUAACCCGAGGUACCACUGUACACACAUUUUUGCAAGCCAUUUCCCCCCAUAUAAUGCACUUUUCUAAGUUACUUGCAUUUUUAAGCUAAUAUAUAUUUCAGCUGAUAUAUGUAUUUUUAUGCACAAUUUCCUCCAACAUAUACGUUUACGUGGUUGGAGAACUGCAUUGCAACAUUCAGAGACGUGCAGAUUUCGGAGGAUAACCCAGUUUCGGUUCAUGUAUUGUUUUGGAACGUACAAAUUAGGUAGGCUGGCAUAAAACGCCAAUUUUCCUGGUCUGUGUGUUCCCUGCAUUCCUUGGCGGUGGCGUGUCUAUCUCAACUCUGCUUUGCUGCCCAAGGUAAAAUAACUGAGGCUGAAAGUUAGGCCUCACUCCAAUGAAUGUGGUGGUGGUAAGACAGGGUUAGGAUCCUCUUGCUGAUCUCUGGGUUACUCAGAGUAGACCAGCAAGUCUCUAUGACUCCUUUACCGUUGGACAACAGGAGCCUCUGCAUACUUAACUCAUCUGAUCCACAGGCAGGAUAUAUAUCUAUAUCUGUAUAUCUAUAUCUAUAGCUAUCUAGCUAUGAGCCUCAGUCUUCCCCAGCUGUAAAAUGGGAUCUUAAAAUGUGCUGCUGCUGACACAAUUUGCUGCAAGCAAAAACAAAUUCUGCCAUGUCUGGCCUUGUGCUGAUCGUAUAUCUCUCAGCCCUAAUCUUCUUCACAGGUAAAAUAUGACUAUGAAUUGGUUGCCUCUGACCAGGUCUUUGCGAAGCUCUGCUGCCCAUUGUUAAAUAAUUUUUUAUUGGAAUCCGUAGCAUCUCAGAGAUUGAUUUCAUAGAACUAUACAGCUGGAAGGGACUCCAAGAGUCAACUGGUCCAACCUCUUGCAGUGCAGGAAUUUGUGUGUGUGUGUUUGUGUGUAUGCGCAAGUUGUCCUGGGUCUAUUCUGCUGUUGGUUUUGUUAUUUUAGAUUUUGUACUUGUUUUAGCAUACAGUGGUACCUUGGUUCCUGAAUGGCUUAGUUGUUGAACGAAUCGGCUCCAGAACGCCUCAAACCUGGACAUCAGAUGCAGCUUCUGCUGCAUUUAAGGUCCCCAACCCUAAUCUGCGGGUUGCCAUCCGAUUGGAUUUUAUUCUGAUCCUGAUCUGAUUUGAGGAUGUAUUUUAAUUGAUUGUCUGAUUUUAUGUUAAUGUAUGUUAGCCGCUCUGAGCCCAGCUUUGGCUGGGGAGGGCGGGAUAUAAAUAAAAUUUAUUAUUAUUAUUAUAAUUAUUGAGUGCAGGAAGCUCCUGCAGCCAAUCAGAAGCUGUGCCUUGAUUUUUGAACCGUUUUGGAAGUCGAACGGACUCCCGGAACGGAUUAAGUUCAAGAACCAAGUACCACUGUAUUUGUAUGCUCAAAACCAACCAGAGAAUCUUUUCGUUAUUGGGCAGUACAGGUAGCUCACAUCUUGCCUGGAGGUUACAUUCUGGGAAUAGCGCAUAGAUGCAAAAAUGCACAUACUUGAAUCACCCCGUUGGAACUGGCCCAACACAAGAAAUCUUACCUUUCAGAGCUGGCGCACCAAAUGCGUCUUAACUCCCAACCAAACAAAGCAAAGAGCUUUCAAGCUCUUUGCUUUGCUUACCAGACUCUGGGAGGCUCACCGGAGAUUUCACGGGGCUGUCCGAGAUGUCGCCAGAGCCUCUCGGAGCCCUGUGAAUGAGUCUGAGAGCUUAAAAGCUCUUUCAUGCCAGGAAAACCCUGCUCAGAAAAAGCUUUUAAGGUCUCCACCUUUCGGUGCAUUUAAUUUGUGUGAUUUCAACCAGCCAGCCUUCAACUGCAUAAAAUUGAAAUUGCACAAGCUAAAGACACGUAGGUUGCGAGUUACCUGUAUACAGAUAUUGAAAAUAAAACAAAACACCCCAGGCAGUUGUGGCUCAUGGGCUUCAGCAGGUAACUGGCUCCAUCAUUUUGCACCAGGCCCUGUCCACACCUACAUUUUAUAUCUGGCUCAGGUUGUUGGGCCUUAUAGGCUCCUAGCAGGAGACCCUGCAAGCCUGGAAUCUGCCUGCUUCCAAUCCUUCCUUAAAAAAAACAAAGACAGCUAAUAUAAAACCCCACCUCAAACCUCUGAGGUAUGGUGGACUUGAGUUCCACAGGUUAAUGUUCUGCUUUGCGUGACACUGAAUGGGAAGGAACUCUCCACCCCACCCCACUCCUGGCUGAUCUCCUGCAGGGGUAGCAUCAGCAACAGCAACUGAGCUCCAUCCUUGGAGACACAGCACCAUCCCAGCCCAGCUGGGCUCCCUGCCCUGCUGCUGCUGCUGCUGCCGCCGCCGCCACUGCCUCGUGCAUUCUCCAAGCCCUCGCCCCUUCCCUGCGGGGACAGCCAGCCGGUUUGGCUGGUGCUGCCUGUUCUUGGGCAAUUUGUUAUGAAUCUGUCAGAAAGCUCCAAAACUGCCGAGUGGCUGAUACUGGGCGUGUGUGCGAGACGGAGACAGCCGGUGCUUUUGUGUCUGUGUGUGCGUAUGCAUGAUCGGGGCCGCGGAGGUAUGUGAGACGGGUGCAGGGGAUGCCCACGUGUGUGUGUGAAAGAGAGACAGAGACAUUGACAAUGAGGCUGUGCUUUUGAUUUUAUUUUUUUUAUUAAUUUUAUUGAGUACAAAUUAGAAAAAAAUACAAAUAUACAAAAAAAGGAAAAUACAUGUAACCAAGAGAAAAUUAGAAAACAUUUUACCUCUUCUCAUAUUUACAAUUAUUUACACCUCUACAAAACAAUAUUCACAAUAUAGAAAAUAAAUGAAAGGUAAAAUAUAAAAGAAAAGAACAAGAAGAUAAAGAAAAGGAAGAAAUAAGAUCAAGAAUGAGAAUUUUAAAAGUAGGUAAGUAUUCACUAUACACUGCGCUUUUGAUUUUUAUAAUGCACCACCAAAGGACAGGAGUCGAAAGGGGAGGUUGUCCGAUUUAUUUGACAUGAUAGAAGUUUGCACAAGUAUGCACGGAACGGAGAAAGUGGAUAGAGAGAAAAAAAGUGUUUCUUCCUUUCUUGUAAUACGAGGACUCGCGGACAUCUAAUGAAGCUGUGCCCAGUUAAACUGUGGAACUCACUCCCACUGGAGGCAGUCAUAGCCACCAACCUAGUUGGCUUUGAAAGAGGAUUCGACAAAUUCGCGGAGGAGGAUAAGUUGCUCAGUGGCUCCUGGCCAGGAUGGCUUAUGCUCUGCCUCCACAGUUGGAAGCAGCAAUGUUUCUGAAUACCAGUUGCUGGAAACAGCAGGAGGGGAAGAGUGCUCUGCUUGCAGGUUUCCUAAUAGAGGUGUCUGGCUGGCCGCCAUCAUAAAAGGAUGUUGAACUAGAUGGGCCAUUAUUUGGGGGUAGCCAGCUUGUGAUAAAUGGUUUUUAAAAACCCAGUAAAGCACAAGAAGAAAUAAAAAGUGAGAAUGGCCUCGGUCCUGCUGGUGAAGGGUAGAUAGUAAUACUCUGGAGACAAAAAGUAUGUAUUAAUGGAGAAACCCACUGAGCAGCUAAAAGUUCUAAACUCCACCCAAAAUGCUGACUACUUCAUAGAAAUAUGGCAGCCUUCCAUCACUCUUUCAAUAGAUAAUACUACUGUGCGGAAUCCACACAGGAGUGACUACGGUUGUUUUUUGCUAACACAGUCAUCCUCGUAUCAUUUCAAGUGGGUGUGAUAGGGAAAUGUUUCUGUGUUUUUUUUUCUUUUCUUUUCUCCCUUCAACUAUCAUCAUAAUGCAGAAAAGAUGGCUAAGGUAUUGUAAUUCAAUAAACAUACCUUUAAAUUAGUACAGUGGUACCUCAGAUUACAUACGCUUCAGGUUACAGACUCCACUAGCGCAGAAAUAGUGCUUCAGGUUAAGAACUUUGCUCCAGGAUAAGAACAGAAAUCGUGCUCCAGCAGCACGGCGGCAGCAGGAAGCCCCAUUAGCUAAAGUGGUGCUUCAGGUUAAGAACAGUUUCAGGUUAAGAACGGACCUCCGGAACGAAUUAAGUAUUUAACCCGAGGUACCACUGUAAUAACAAUAGACAGCUUUAGAGCAAGGUUAAGAGAAAAAAAGCUCAUCUGGACAUUCUGGCCAUAGGGCAGUCAGGGUCAUUGUGGCCAUCUUUGCCCCUGACUCCUCUGGGCCUACCCCUCCGAACAAGUUACUCAGGGUUAGGUAACUAUGCCUGCACAAUAUCUCUGCUCUGUUAAAAUGCAGGUUGUGAGGAGUGGUCAAUGUGUAGAAUAUGGAGUCCUCCUCCCAGCUCCAGGUAUUUUAGAUCAUCUGAAUUAAGGCUAGAGAUCUGUGCCAGAUUACGCAAGAGUUCACAGAGGAGGCUGCUAGCCACAGUGGCUAUGCUCUCCCUCUGCAUACCAGUGCUGGAAACCACAGGAGAAGCUAUGCUUCUGAAUACCAGUUGCUGGAAACCACAGGAGUGGAGAGGGCUCUUGUGCUCGGGUCCUGCUUGCGGGUUUCCUAAAAGAGGUGUCUGGUUGGCUGCUGUGAUAAAAGGAUGCUGGACUAGAUGGGCCUGCGGCCCGAUCCAGCUGCAGGGCUGUCCUUAGGUUCUGAGGAUGAAGGAGAGAAAGGACAGGGAAAGUAACUUUCAGGACAGUGACCUUCUGGAGAGCCAGAGAGGGCGAGAGAAGGGAAGAUGGAGGAAAAUGAGGCAAUGCGAAGAUGCAGCAGAGUCAGCUGCCAUAGUGGCUUCUGUUACCAGUGAGCAAAUUAUUCGGACAACACUUUCCACUGCAGGAAACAAGAUGCCCCAGGCCAACAAGAAAGGCAGUGGAAUUGGAUGGGCCAUCCUUUGGCCACUGCAAAGGAGAGAGGCUGGCUGCUAUCCAGAUCAAUGCAAAGAACACUUAAGUCCUAGUGCGUCUAGUGAGAUUUAAGUGAGCUUAGCAGUGCUGGAUUGCAGCCUUUGUACAUGCUCUCAAGCGAAGGGCAAAGGAUGUUAAGUGGAGGUGCCAGCUCCCAACAUUUGAGAGAGGCUUAAAUCGUGAGAUUUUAUGCAAAUCAUGUCAUAGGCGUUGACUCCCCUUAACAAUUACACACACACACACACACACACACACACACACACACUGCAAUCUUAAGCUUACUCAGAAAUCAAUCCUGCUGAAUUUGAUGGAAUGUAAACCCUAUUCAGGUGUUCAGGACGUGGCUUACCUAAACACACAUGGAUUAGACAAAUUCAGGGAGGUUAAGGUUAUCAGUGGCUACUAGCCAGGAUGCCUGUGCUGUGUCUCCAUGAUCAGAGCCAGGGUUAGACAAAUUCAUGGAAGAGAGGAUAGUCGAUGGCUUCUAGCCAUGAUGGCUAUGCUCUGUCUUCACAGCUGGAGGCAACAAUGCUUCUGAAUUCCCUGUUGCUGGAAACAGCAAGAAGGGAGAGUGUUCUUGUGCUCAGAGACUGCUUGCAAAUUCCCUACAGGUGUCCGGUGAGAACAGGAUGCUGGACUAGAUGGGCCGUUGGCCUCAUCCAGCAAGCUCUUCUUAUGUUCUUAUACAAGCAUAAGUGUGCUCAUGCCAUGCCCCACCAAAAUCUUGUAAGCAAUUAAGUGGUUAAAUUACAGGAAGAGCUAUAUAAUGCCUUCUGAGCAAACAACCUGUAGUCAUCUUCAAAUUAACACGGUACUCAUUCAGUGUCACUAUUUGUGUCUUUUGUUUCUUCAUUAAAAUUGCAUAUCAGUUUUGUUUAUUUUGGGAACUUUGUUGAGUCAUAAUUUGCCGCAAGUGAUGCAUCGAUGUGUUCAUGGCAUAACUUUUCAGAAACAACGAGAUCUGGCGAUUUGUAAGUUGGUGGCUUUGGAAUGCAGAGCCCAUGAACUUCCUUCUUCCUUUCCAGACCUGAGUUAGUCACUGAUGAAACUGUCAUUUGCCUCCUGGAGUUCCAAGUGCUUCUCUAAUCUUUUCAAGUUAAUCUUUUCUUAGAAUUAUAUCCUACCUUUUCCUCCAAUGAGCUCAAGGUGGCCUACAGACUUCUCCUUCUCUGCAUUUUAUGCUCACAACAAUCCGGUGGUGUAGGUUUGGCUGAGAGACCAUGACUGGCCCAAGGUCACCCAGUGAGCUUCAAAACUGAGUGGGGAUUCCAACCCUUGUCUCCCAGGUCCUAGCCGGACACUAUGCUGGCUGCACCUGUGGAACUGCAUACCUGCUUCACUGUGACCAAGGGAGCUGAUUCUUGCAUCUGGUGUGGCUAAGCGUCUUCCAGGGAAACUCUCACACCUGUUAGCAACUUCUAUGUUAGAGUACUCUUAUCAAACCUCAUUUAGAAGAGGUAUGUAAAUUCCAGUUUAAACAGCAGGCUCCUAAUGCAGUUGCAGAGUCUAAGCCAAUGCCAAAACAAAUAUUUGGAGAUAUGAUAGGUUUCUCAGUUCUGCUGUGCAGAUUUUUGAAUACCUUUUCAGUAUGCAGUUUUUAGAAUUCUUGGUCUCGCCUUGAUUUGUUUUAUUUUAUUUUGGCAAUCUUCCAGUAUGAAAAUCUCAUAGGCUUUUAACCAUUAGAGCUUAAUGACUGAUUUGUGUUAUUUAUCAAAUGCUAUUAACUUCUCAGUUUAUGAUCAAAUGCUAUCUAAUGAUGUGGCAUAUACUGAUGAUAGCUCCUGUUAUAUGGGACAUGGGUGGCGCUGUGGUCUAAACCACUGAGCCUCUUGGGCUUGCUGAUUGGAAGGUCAGCGGUUCGAAUCCCUGCGAUGGGGCGAGCUCCCGUUGCUCUGUCCCAGCUCCUGCCAACCUAGCAGUUCAAAAGCACACCAGUGCAAGUAGAUCAUAAGGUACCGCUGCAUCUCUGGCUUCCAUCACGGUGUCCUGUUGUGCCAGAAGCGGUCUAGUCAUGCUGGCCAAAUGACCCGGAAAGCUGACUGUGGACAAACACCGGCUCCCUCGACCUGAAAGUGAGAUGAGUGCCACAACCCCAUAGUCGCUUUUGAUAGGACUUAACCAUCCAGGGGUCCUUUAGUUCCUGUCAACUUUAAUGUGCUGCAGACUUUAGGGAAUCAAUUGAAAGCUAAGCAGGGCUUCCUUAAUGAGAAAAGCAGUUGAAAGUGUGCUUGAUCAUCACUGGUUCUAAAAUGUGCAACAUGGCAUAUUGUGUCUAUUCCACUCUCCGUGAUGGUGGGACCCAGCACUGGCCCACGUGAACCAUAGUGUUUCAGAGUAGAGUGUUAUGCAGUUUGGUUUUUCCAGUUAAAAAAAAACCCUGAAAUACAAAGACCAGUGAUUUUAUAUGGAUGUAGAGCUGGGUAACUCUUUCCCUGGGCAUCACUAUAGUGAAAAACUUAGGUUCUUUGCAAAAGUCAAGAGAGGAAAUCCAGUUCAGUUUUAGUCUGGAGGUGUCAACAAUAACUGUGAGGUGUAUGACUCUACUGUUUUUCUGUCUGUCUGAUGUGAGUGGAGUACAGUGGUACCUCGGGUUACAUACGCUUCAGGUUACAUACGCUUCAGGUUACAGACUCCGCUAACCCAGAAAUAGUACCUCGGGUUAAGAACUUUGCUUCAGGAUGAGGAACAGAAAUCGUGCUCCAGCGGCAGCAGGAGGCCCCAUUAGCUAAAGUGGUGCUUCAGGUUAAGAACAGUUUCAGGUUAAGAACAAAUUAAGUUCUUAACCCGAGGUACCACUGUACUCAUCAUAGGACAUUCCCCAGAAUCCUUUAACAUGUAGCAUUUUUUUGGCAAGUGGAAAGCAUUCCCGAAACCCACUAUUAUUAUGUAGCCACUGUCUAUGCUAUGAAAUUAUGUGUACCCUUGCAUGUCUCUGUAAAGUGCUAAAUACCACUGCAUGCUGAAUAUUCAAUUGUGGGUGGGGGAAUCAGAUGUCAUGUAUCCAAUACUGAAAUCACGUAUCAUCAAAUUCUUUUGGAGAACGCCUGCAGCAAGCAUAAGAACAUAAGAGUCGCCACUGGAUCAGGCCAGAGGCCCAUCUAGUGCAGUAUCCUGUUGUCACAGUGACCAACCAGAUGUCCUAAUCAGGGUGUGUGAGAGAGAGUGACUUUUUUUAACUUUGUAAAGAGCAGAACAUAGGAAGUGGGCUAAAUUCCUUUUUCAGUGCUGUGGAGGAUUGGCACAUUCUACCCUUGAACAUGACGAGAAAUAUGCUCUUAUUUUUGGGAAAUUGCACCCCCUUUCACCCCGGCUUAGUCUUUCGAUAGCCUGGCCCUUGAGAGUAGACAGCUGAUUCUAUCCAGAAUGUUAGGGCCGCAGAACGAUGUUGGAUAGAAAUUAAGUGGUUUCCAGCUGUAAUGCUUUAAGGGAUUAUGAAAAAUGGGUUGUUAAUAGGUAAAAAUUUAAUGUUACUAUUUUAAGACUAAAGAUUAGGAUAAAUAAAGAGGGUAAGGAUUUGCUGAACCAACAAAUUGAACUGGAAUACAAAAAAGGGAGGUAUGAGGAGGUCCGGGAAACAAGCUAAAGGAAAACAAGCAAUGGAAAUUCUGUGUGUUUUUAACUAUUUUUAUUUUGUAUUUUUGUUAUUUUUUUCAUUUUUAUUGUAGUACUUUAAAAAAGCUUAAUAAAUAUCUUAUAAAAAAAAGAGAGAGUAGACAGCUGAUUCAUUCUGGCUCAUGGUCAUCAAUCCCUGGUGGCUGCUUCAUCAAGUCCACUAGAAUUUUGCAGUCUUGAACAUGGACCGGUUGCUAUCAUGAAGAGCUUUUUGCAUUCCAGGAGUAACUUCUAGGAUACAAGGAUGCUAGACUGAAGCUGCCUUGGGGCUCAUAACUGCUUGGCUGUUGACUUGCUUCCCACCAGCUCAGCCUCUACAUUUGUAAAUAAACAGGUUUUGCUGGUUAAAGCCAAGAGGGUCUUGGUUCUUUCUGUUAAAGGUUAGUUUUACAGAUAUAAUUGGUUGUCAACAGCUGUGAGCUGCCCUGAGAUCUGAGGAUAAAGGGUGGUAUACAGAUUUACACUAAACAACAACAACAGUUCAGAACAUAGUUAAAACUGUAGAAUUCACUCCUGCAGGAGGCAGUGAUGACCACCAACUUAGAUGCAUUACACAAAUCCUGCUUGCAGGUAGAGGCACCUCGCUGGCCAGUGUGAGAACAGGAUGCUGGAUUAGAUGGACCAUUGGCCUGAUCCAGCAAGGCUAGUCUUACGUUCUUAUGUGUGCACAUUGAAGUGCAUUGAAGCAUGUAUGUGUGAAACCCUUCUGCUGCUUAGAGAUUUUCCUUCUAGAUACUCUGAACCCUGAAGGACCCUGCUAGCAAACUAAAUAAAGAGUGCUAAGACAUCCUGCCAAAUGGAUCCCCAGGGACAAAGCAGGGGGUGCAUUUAGAAGUGGAGAAUAUUGCAUUUGUUUUUCCUGAUUGUAAUGCUGGUGCUUCUACCCUGUUUUCUAGAGUUCCUUUCACACAACGCCAGCUGUUGCUUUAUGGGAUUGUGCCUUUUUGAUGGAUAUAGUGGAAUGCCGCGUUAAAUUUAAUUCACACAAUGUGAACACAAAGUGACACAAUGACAAACGUCAUUGGACAACGUCGCUACACUCUUUCCGCACAUGCCUGCUUCUGUUCCCCCAUGAAAAUGGCAGGAAAGAACUGCAUGCUAGCAUGACCACUCCAAAUUUCGUUAGUUUACUCCUGCGGUUUUGUGGGUUCAGGGGACUGCAAAUGGAUUCCCCCCUGGAAUCAAAGAACACGGAAAUGAACACUAAACAUGCACUGUGUUCCAUUCGUUUUCUGGAAAUGGCUUUUGCAUUGUGUGAAACAUCAAAUAUAACAUAGAAAUUAACAGCUAGGGAAAUACAGUGGUACCUUGGUUCUCAAACGCCUUGGUACUCAAACAACUUGGAACCCAAACACUGCAAACCUGGAGGUAAGUGUCCUGGUUUGCGAACUUUUUUCGGAGCCAAACGUGCUCCAUUUUGCGUGUUACGCUUCCAUUUUGAGUGUUACGCUGACAAUUUGAAUGUUAUGCUGAGGUCUGUCGGUUUUUGCUAUUUAUUUUGUAUUUUUGUUUUUGUGGCUCUUUUUGUUUUGUUUUUGUGACUGUGUGGAACCCAAUUCAGUUACUGAUUGAUUGAUUAUGUGACUGCAGUACAUUGUUUAUUGCUUUCAUUUUAUGGAUCAAUGGUCUUGUUAGAUAGUAAAAUUCAUGUUAAAUUGCUGUUUUAGGGGUUGUUUUUAAAAGUCUGGAACAGAUUAAUCUAUUUUGCAUGACUUUCUAUGGGAAAGCACACCUUGGUUUUGGAACACUUUGGUUUUGGAACAGACUUCUGGAACGGAUUAAGUUUGAGAACCAAAGUACCACCGUAGAAUAAACUGCCAUGUGAAUGCAGCUAGGGAGGGCGAUAUACCAGGGACACGAAACCCAAAAUACAAGCUAUGCCUGGGAAACAAGGACAGUUUGAGCUUGUUAAACGGAUAAUGUUGCCUGCUGCUCCCUUGACUUCUGCGGCUGUGGGUAGCUCCAGGGUUUGGGACAGCCCCAUCCUGGCCUCCCUGUUCGCCCAGGCUUUCCUGUUUCACUCCUUGUCACAGUGACAGGGUGACAGCAGGGAACCAGGCCUGUUGUUCUGUUUACGGCCAUUGUCGCUGCAGCAACAGCCCUCGGAGCAAGGGACACAGCCCCAGCGAGAGGCUGGGUUUGCAACAGCAAGGAAAUAAGCAAUGUACGAAACCCCAAAGCCGCUGUGGCUUCUCAUUGCACGGCUGGGCACACCCUUGGCUCCGGGUGCAGCUUCCCCAGCCGGUAAAACCUUGGCGGCAGCGGAGGCCUCCUGGAGCAGGAGAAAACGGAGCAGAGAGAAAGCCGGUUUUCGUGACUCACUAGAGGGAGUGAAUUGAGGGGCUUGUGGUGAUGGCGGCAGCUUCCCUCGACCCUUUUGUGUCCUCAUUGUGCCCUCCUGGAGAAAUGUGCACACACUAGCUUAGGGCUUAGAACCCAACUCUCUGGCACGCCUGCUGUUGUGUUUAACAUGCAUGGAUUUUUCUGCAUAUGGAGAAGUAGUGUCACAGCAUAAGAACAUGACCCAUCCAGUCCAACAUUCUGUUCUCACAGUGGCUGACCAGACGCCUCUGGGCACAAGCACAAGAACUCUCUAGCCCUAUGGCAUCCUGUGACAACUGGUAUUCAGAAGCAUUGUUGCUUCCGACUGUGGGAGCAGAGCAGAGCCAUCCUGGCUAGUAACCAUUGAUAGCCCUCUCUGCCAUGAAUUGGUCCCAUCCUCUUUUAAAGUCAUCCAGGUUGGUGGCCAUUGCUGCCUUCACGAGGUAGUUCCAUGGUUUAACUACGUGCUGCUUGAAGAAGUCCUUUCUUUGAUUUGUCUUGAAUCUUCGUACAGUGUUGGGGGGGCACUGUGAAUGACUCUUCUCCUGCAGGGCAGAGAGGGCAGGUCUGCCUGACGCCAAAUGCAACAGAGGGGUGUGUGUGUGUGUGUGUGUGUGUGUGUGUGUGUGUGUUUGAUAUCGGUUGCCAGCCAUGCAACCAAUGGGCCAGUCUUCUGCUCUGACUAAGCUGGUGCAAUCUCAGACUCUGUUGACACAAAACUGCUGAGCAUACAGCAGGAGUCUGAGCUGCGUCUCAAAAUCUUCUUGCUCCCUGCACACCUCUGUGACUGUCAAAGGGCUCGUGAGAGUCGCCCUCCUAAAGGGCCGCUAGGACACGCCUUAGGGUGCUACUGUUGUGUGCCAAAGGGGCACCUCCGAAAAGGGCCGCAGCUGGCUCGAUAGAAAAGUUUGCAGGGUGAUCAUCCUUUCAUUCUCUUUUUGGAAGUGACUUCCACUGACCUGCCGCCACAGCUACAAAUCGCAGUCCGUCACCGUGUGAUAACUGUGCAAAUUUCUGGGCAGGGUAACUGUGCUGAAGGCAGGAUCAUAAAAAGCUGCAGCGUCAGCAAAAUGGGUGAGUCGUAUCCUGCGCUGCCGUUUCCAAGCUGGAACAGAUUUCUGCUCAUGUAGCAGGUCUUCCCUCUCCUCCUCCUCCUCCUCCUCCUCUUCCUGCCCCCUGCCCCCACAGGGGAACCCCCUCCCCUCAAGCAAAUUUGGGGGGCUUCUUGUGAGACACUGCAGGGAGGGGAGAGGAAGGGGAAAGUCUUGCAAUGCAAGCGAAACUGCACCUAUCUCAGGAAUUCCGAGCAUUUAGAGAGUGCAUCAAAGCACUCAGCUUUCCCUGCAUUAUAUUGCAAUUCCCACGACAACCCCGUAAGCUAGGUCAGAAUUGUUGCGCUGAUAUUGAGUGUUCCUGGGAGAGAUUGUGGCUUGCUUCCAGCUAUGCAGAUCCUUUUGCUCUUCUGUUCUAAGCUGCAAGCAGAAUUGCAAGCACAUACGAUGUUUGGACCCUGCUCUGUGGGGACCACUAUAGUGGGCAGGGCAGAACUGCAGUGGGCGGGGCUUUUUGAAAUUUAGGGCACAGCCGCUAUAACCCUUGCAGUGGGUACCAUUUUAUGACUUUUUAUUUAAAAUAAUCAGUCUUUUAAUUAGGUCUGAAACACAUCUCUGGCUGUAAUUAAAUGAGAGAGAAAAUGAAAGCGAGGUGUAGUGCUAAGAUACCAUAAUUGUGUCACUUUUUUUAGAAGUGAUUUUUAAAAGCUCUUUGACUCACUGCUGUUUUAGCAGCAUGGUAAAUGGCAAUGAUCAGAAAGUUUUUUUAAUGAUAAUAUUAUAGCAUUAUGUUGUUUAUGGUGCUAUAUCUCUCUUUCAUUAAAAAAUAUUGUUACAUGCCACCCCAGUAUUCCAGAGGUCCAAGCCCUUACCCAUUGGUUCAUGUUUCUUUUGGUAAUGAGGCACAGCAGAGACUGUGGUGUCUUUAUGAUAUAUGGUUUAUUUACACAUACAUACAACAGAAUCAGCAAUGAAGGGGUUCAGAGCAUUACACGCCAAGCGAGUCUUGCUUCUGCCAGAGCUGUACCUUUGGAUCCAAACAGACUCCACCCAUGGCUCUGACUCUGUAGCUUGCUGUAUUUUACAGACUCAGGUAAUGAGUCAGGUAAUGAGAAAGGCCCUUUUUGUUGCCUGAGACCCCCCUGCCCCCUGUCAGAGAAGACAACACAGGUUACACAUAUGUAACCUGUCUGUGGCUCCACAGCCCCUUUGGUGUUGCUGCUGUUGUUCACCAGUUAGGAGUCGGAAAGCCUGGCUAGUUUGCUUAAAAUCAGCCAGAGAUCGGCAAGUGGAUCCUAACGUUGCUUCACACACACCCUUCCUGUCCCAGGACAGCAGAAGGAAUCCAAGGAAACCUGCUUUUAUAUAAAUUGAUCUUGGAGAAAUUACAGAGUAAGAAUGUAGCUGGGGGUAGGGAGUGACUCGUGUGGCUUCUGUAAAUGGAAUUGGCCAGCCUCUUGAACUGCAACUGAUGAUGAUGAUGAUGAUGAUAAUAAUAAUAAUAAUAAUAAUAAUAAUAAUAAUAAUAAUAAUAACUACUACUACUACUACUACUACUACUACUACUACUACUAUUAUUACUAUUACUAUUGCAAAAAGCAUCCCUACUGACCUUUCCAGCAGGCCCCAGAAAUGCAUGAGCACAUUGUGAGUCAUGCGCGACAGGAUACGUCUUGGCCUUCCCCGCCUUCUCUGCGCAUGCUCCGCUCUCCUUCGCUGUGUCUCCCCACGGAGAGCAGGUUUGGCAAGACUGUUGUUGAGCAGGGAGGGAGGGAGCCCAGCUGGCGGGGGGGUGGGUGAGAUUAAGGGUUCAAGAGAAAUGACCCCGGAGAAAUCUGGUUCGGCUGGUUGGGUGCCUUCCUUUCUCACGUAACUCCCACUCAGAGGUGAGUUUCAGGAGCACCUUUUUUCUCAUUUGGAGGCUAUAUAUAUAUAUAUAUAUAUAUGUACAUAUAUCACUUGGGUUUGGUGGAGAGACACCUCUGGGCGAUGGGACGGCGGCAGGCAAGAAGGGAACCGGCUGGAAAGGUUAUUAUUUUUUGUAACACCUGCAGUCACGCACAAGGGAGGGCUCCUCUCCCAGAAGCUGAAAAGUGCUGGAAUCCAGAUGCUUUGAUGGAGGGUUUUUUUUUUUAAAAAAAGAAAAACAUCCUCGGUGAGACCAAGUUUGAAUGCCAUGAUCCCUCCUGAGCAGGUGUUGACCAGGGGAGCAAAGAGCUGUGGUUGCCUUUGACAGCUAAUGUGGCUUCUUUUUGUGUGUCAUCCACACAUGUGGCCUAGUGCUUUGCAGCCGCAGGAAACGUUGAAACAGGUCUCUGUCCUGGGGACCAUACAGUGCAAAAUGUUGACAGUGUGGCUAGACAGUCACAGGAGGGAAGGGAGAGGCGAGAGGAGGAAGGCAAGGGUUGUCAGGGCACGCAGUGACAUGUACAUAAUCACGGACAAUUAAGGAUGUGAGGGCUAAAUUAGACACGGCAUGAAAAGUCUGUCAUUGCCUUGUCUAGUGGUGGCGUAUUCUUUGAUUAAAAGCAAUGGGGCAGUGGAUUGGAUCAGGAACGACAGUGUGGUGUAGUGGUUCGAGUACCAGACUAUGAUAUGGGAAACCAGGGUUCAAAUCUCCCGCUCGGCCAUGAAGCUCGCUGUUACUCUCAGCCUAAUCUACCUCACAGGGUUGUUGGGAGGAUAAAAAUGGAGGAGAACCAUGUACGCUAGCUUGAGCUCCUUGGAGGAACGGCGGGAUAUAAAUGUGACAAUCAAUCAAUCAAUCAAUCAAUCAUAAGCACCGGAGGACAGGGGGACCCACCCCCCCUCAAAUAAUUUUUUCCUGAUCAGAAUCUCCCAUUUGAGGUUCGCUCCAGGGGGAGAGUGAAAGAUAAAUCCCUGUGUCCUCCCCCCCGCACAUAAAAUGUACACACUGCUUGAUUGCAACAAGCCUCAAAGCAGUUGACAAACAGAGAAAAAUCAUUGCCAAAACAGUUAAAAACAACUGUUCAAUAACAUUCAAGUAAAAGUUAAAAUCAGUGAUAAACUAAAAACAGAUUAAGACACAGACCAAUGUUCCAUACAUGGCAUAGCUAAACAAAAGUGUUUUUACGGUCUUCAAAUAAAAACAUCCUGAAGGUCCCAGGCCACAGAGAGGUUAGGCUGGCCUCAACUAGAGUCAGGGCUUCCUCGGCUGCGGCUCCAAUCUGGUGGAACGCUCUGUCACAAGAGACUAGGGCCCUGCGGGACUUGACAUCUUUCCUCAGGGCCUGCAAGACAGAGCUGUUCCACCAGUCCUUUGGUCAGGGCGCAGCCUGACUCCCUCCUUUGGCAAUCUGCACAGAGUUUUUGCUUAAUGGUUGCCAUCCAUUUGAUUUUAAUUAUUUUUUAUAAUGAAAUGUUUUUAGAAUGUUGCACUAUUUUAUUGUUGUUAGCCGCCCUGAGCCCGGCUUCGGCUGGGGGGGGGCCGGGAUAUAAAUAAAAUUUAUCAUUAUUAUUAUUAUUUUAGCAGACGCCGAAAAGAGAACUGUGAAGGUGCGUACCUGAUAUCAGUAGUCAGGGAGUUCCAAAGUAUGGGUUCGGCCACAUGAAAAAAGUCUUUUCUCACAAAUGGGAAGAGGCAGGAGGAGGCUCAACAUGGCCACGGUGGCUGCUGGUAAACCCAACAGGUCACAGUAUAUUGAGGGGUCCUGGCCCCCUGCUUGAAAAUUUUGGGGGGCCUGCGCCUCCCAACCCCCCAGAUGACACCACCUGUAACAGUCCCAGUUAUGCAGAGCAAAACGGUUGCGAGGGCACAUAUGGGCUAAGGUGAUCUCGCUGGUAUUGCAGCCUUCCCUAACUUGAUGCCCCCCAAUAUUCCGUGGCCCGUCCGGCCUACCCACAGCCGUGAGGGCAACCUGAGUGCAAGAACUCUCUCCCUUCCUGCAGUUUCCAACAACUGGUAUUCAGAAGCAUUGCUGCCUCAGACCACAUAGAGGCAGAGCAUAGCCACUCUGGUUAGUAGCAUCUCCCAUGAAUUUGCCUUAUCCUCUUUUAAAGGCAUCCAAGCUGGUAGCCAUCACUGUUUCCGGCGGGGCGGGGGGUAGAGUUCCACAGUUUAAAAGGACUGUUGUGCCUUAAUGCCCCACAGAGGUUUUUUUUUACUGGAGACCAAUAAUUGGCCCUGACUGGGAUCAUAGAGUAAUGGAAUUGUAGAGUUGAAAGAGACCACGGGGGUCAUCUAGGAACCUUUCGCCCAAUGCGGGGCUCAAACCCACAACCCUGGCAUUAAUAAUAAUAAUAUUUAUUUAUACCCCGCCCUCCCCAGGCAAGGCCGGGCUCAGGGCGGCUAACAAGCAAUAAUAAAAAUAAGUUGAAUGAAUACAACUUAAAAACAAAAUUAAAAUACAACAUUAAAAUAUUGAAACAUUAAAAUAUUAAAAUGUAGCCUCAUCACAGGAGGAGAAAGGAAAAGAAAAAAGAAAGAGGGGCAGGGAAAUCAAAUUGGCUCCAAGCCAAAGGCCAGGCAGAACAACUCUGUCUUACAGGCCCUGCGGAAAGAAAUCAGAUCCUGCAGGGCCCUGGUCUCAUGAGGCAGAGAGUUCCACCAGGCCGGAGCCAGAGUUGAAAAGGCCCUAGCUCUGGUUGAAGCCAUUAAGAGUCUCAUGCUCUACCAACUGAGCUAUCCGGCCUGGACUAGGCAACUGUCUGGACUUGUCCUGCAGGGAUGUUUGUUUGUUUUAAUUAUCCAAACCUGCUUGGACUUUAAAGCCACAGCAGGCACUUUGAAUUGGCUGCUAUUUGUGCAAAUGUUGGUGCCAAGAGGACUCCUGCAAGCGCAAGACACCAUUGCAGUACACAGCGCCUAAAGUGUCCCUCUCCCUCAGGAACAUCGCCAUCAGUCUUAACUGUAAGUUGAUGUUCCAGUGCUCCCAUCUCCCUCCUCAAGCAAUUUGCUUCUAUGAGAUGGUGCUAUAUUGCAUUUUACGAGAGAAGAAAAUUUUAUUGAGAAUUUGCAUAUUGAAAGCACUUCAGAUUGCCAACUAGAUAUUCAUUCUAAUUUGCUGCGGCUUGACCUAAUUUUCAAAUUUCAUGUUAGAGGGCCUCUUGCAUGCCUUUAAUUAAGUGUAUCGUUCAUCGGAAUGCAUUUGAACAUCGUGUUUUGAUUUAUGGACUGGGCUUUUUUUAUAUAAUGUUUAACACUCACCAAAAUUUCAGAUUCAUGAAUGUCCAAAGCCAGAUUUCAUUAGUGUGUUUUCAGACUGGGAUUAAAUCCUUCCUCCAAGUUAUAUUGGCUAACUAAUUCAUCCCAGUGGUUCCUCCCUCUCCUUUUUUUCCUUUUCUGGAAGCUUGUAAGGAUGUGGUUUGGUUUUCUUUCUUAAGUCUCAGGAUUCUGAUACUGAAUUUUGAACAGCCUUGCCCGUGUUGCCUUCAGAUCUUUCUGACUGCAGCUCCCAUUAUAAAUCAUGGAAUUGUAGAGUUGGAAGGGACCCUGAGGAUCAUCUAGUCCAACCCCUUGCAAUACAGGAAUAUGCAUCUUUCCCAUAUGCGGAUCAAACCUGCAACCUUGGCAUUAUCAGCACCAUGCUCUAACCAACUGAGCUAUUUAGGCCGCCGUUUCAAACAGCAUGGCCAAGAUGGACUGCUAGCUAGGACUGAUGGAAGCUGUAGAGGGACCCAGGUUGAGGUUGGCUGCUUUGAGGUUGGCUGGUUGGAAGCUGUAGAGGGACCCAGGUUGAGGUUGGCUGCUUUGAACACUGAAAGCCUUUAUGACUUCUCUGAAUGUCAUAACUGUUUGUUUCAUUAAAGUUAUACACCAGUUGAUUAUAGAAAAAACUCAAAGCUCUUUCAGUCCUUGACAGGUAACCUGCUUAAAACCUUAUUUGAUUAUGUCUUUUGAGACCUCUUUUCUGUUUUUUUAAGAAAGUGCUGACCAGGGCUGAAAGUAAUGUAGAAUAGAAGUAUAAAGGAAAAAAUGUUGGAAGAGAAGAACCCUGUCCCUCAGCAACCUGGUGCCUUCCAGAUGUUUUGUUCUCCCUUUGGCACCAACCAGCACAUCUGGAGGUCGCCUGGUUGGCAAAGGCUGCUGAAUCCUGAAUCAGGCAGUUCUCAGUUUGAAUCUCACCUCUGCCAUGACUUAAGCAAGGCCUCUCACCUUUCCGCUUCUGGGGAUCGUGAUACUGGACUACCAUCCAAGCUUGUUGACAAGAUUCCUAGGAGGAUGUGUACAUAAAGUGCCUUGGACAUGUCAUAUAAAUGGGUUGGGUGCCUUCUGAAACUUGCAGUGAUGGCCAGUGUAAUCAAAUUCAUGAAUACCAAUUUUAAAUUCAGAUUCAAGGAGUGCUGUAAUGAAUAUGGUCUGAGGCCAGGAAUAAAUUGCUGAGCCCUGUUUUAAAUGGCUACUGAACCUUGGAGUUAACAUUGUUUUAGGCGUUUCCCAUAUAAUCUCUCCUAGGGCUGAGUCAAAUGAACUUUAUUGGUUAGUAAGAAAGAUCUGGGAUGCGUGUGAAAGAUUUCAGGAAAAUCUCCCCUUCCUCGCGGUUUUCUCAUUCAUUUUGUUUGGCAUCUGUUUAGGGCAGGGGUGAACAGAUCAGUCUACUUCUAGUGAUGUUUUCACAUGUGUUCAUUCAGAAGCCUGUUUUAUGUUCAUUUACACAUCAGAAAUACCGUAUUUUUCCAUCUGUAAGACGCCCCCAUGUAUAAGACACCCCCUAAUUUGGGGGACUCAGGUUUAAGAAAAUGGGGGAAGAUGUAUCCGUGUAUAAGACACCCCCUAAUUUUUGACAUUAUUUUUUAGGGGGGGGGACCUAGUCUUAUACACAGAAAAAUACAGUAGAUGUAUUUAGGGCAGGGGUUGUCAACCUGGUCCCUACCGCCCACUAGUGGGCGUUUCAGGAUUCUAGGUGGGCAGUAGGGGGUUCUAUGGCACAAGCUGAAUCCUCCUUCCAGGAAUUUUACCAUCAAGAAAGAUGCAUUAGUGGGCGGUAGGUAUAAAAAGGCUGACUACCCCUGAUUUGGGGUCUACCCCCUAACCUUUUCCAUUCAGUAGUCUGGCUUCUAGUGCUUUGUAUGUUGGCCUUCCUGGUUAUGCUGGCAAAUAUGUAAUUUAAAUGUUCCUCCUCUGUACAAUGGUGAGGAACAGUAUAGCUAUGUGCUCUGAUAUUGCACAACAGUGUUGCCUUUUGUGCAGGAGAAGACGUGGGCCUUGUCUUGAGACAUCAUAUCCUGUUCAGCAUAGUCACCAAUUACUAGCACUGAUUGGGUGUGUCAUUUGUACACCUGAGGAUGCUCCCAUCUUCUUCUCGUGACUUCUAACCAUUCAGCUGCCUUUUUUCCAGGCUCAUGGAACCAAGCACCACUUGGGUAUUAAUUAUAAUUAUCAAAGGUCAUUGGGUAAAAGCCCCCGUUAAAUAAGUUUCAGUAAGAAUUUGGGGAAAUGUACUCAACAUUACACACGGGUGAUAUAUAUACUGUACAGUGUACCCAUUGUUGUCAAAUGUAAAAUGACUGAAAAUGAUUUGGUUCCAAUGUGAACUUAACAUAAUUCCUCUAAUUCCUAAUCAAAAGUUUGAGGAAUACUGACUUCCCAAGUCUCAGUCUGGAUCUGACUGACCAUUUCUGGUAUCAUUUUUUUACUAUUCAAAAAUAGCUUCUUCUCCAUCACUGCUCUUCUGGGGCCCAAAUGAGACAGCUUGCAGGGUUUCUGCCAGUCUGAAGAUAAAAUUGUGGUCUAGGUCACAGGUAGCCAACAUGGUGCCCUCCAGACGUUGUGUACUACAAUUCCCAUAAGACCCAGCUAGCACGUCCAGCCAUCAUGGAUUAUGACAGUUGUCCAGAACAUCUGGAGGGCACCAUGCUGAUGACUCCUGAGGUAGGUGGACCAGUGGCCUGACGUGGGAACCUUCCCGUGUGAGGCUACGUAAGCAGAAGUAUACAGAUCAAAGGAAGCCAUAGUUGCAUUCUGUUCUGCCUUGGUCAGCUCCCACUUGGGAGUCUUGUGUCCACCACAGUUUAAGAAGGAUAUGUGCAAGCUUAAAUGUGUGCAGAGGAGGCCAACCAGGAUGAUAAAAGGUCUGGAAACCAAGCCUUAUAAGGAAUGGUUAAGGGAGCUUGGUAUGUUUAGCCUGGAGAAGAGAAGACUGGGAGGUGAUAUGAUAGCCAUCUUCAAAUAUCUAAAGGGUUGUCACAUGGAAGAUGGAGCAAGCUUGUUUUCUGCUGCACCAGAGGGGAGGUGCUGAGCAAUAGAUUCAAAUGAUAAGAAAGGAGAUUCCAAUGAAACGUUAGGAAUAAUUUUCUGAUGCUAGGAGCUGUUUGGCAGUGGAACAGACUCCCUCACUGGAGUUUUUUAAGCAGAGGUUGGAUGAUCAUCUGUCAGGGAUUCUCUAGCUGUGAUUCCUACAUUGCAGGAGGUUGGACUAAAUGACUCUUGGUGUACCUUCCAACUCUAUGAUUCUGCGAUUCUAUUAAACAUUCCUAUGCUGCUUCCAAUAUCCAUUUACUGUUGACUAACUCUGUUAGGGAGCCAUUUGACUCCUCAGUAUUUUCUGCCCUGAGCCACUCCACAGUUAGGGUUUGGUCAAGAUGUUGACCCUGGGCUGCUGACUAUGUCAGUCUUAGUCAAGCUGACGUUAUGAUGAGACUUUGGGAUGUGUGUUAUGGCAUGACAUCAGCAAAUCUCCCUUGGCCAAGAAUUGCAGUGCAUGCAGGACACAGCUCACACCCUCCUGGUCCAGCGGAGGAAGGUCACUUACUCACCGGACAGGUACUCACGUCUUUAUCUGAUGUACCAACAUGUUAGGACUCAAACAGUGAGGAUGUCGCAUUUUCUUCCUCAUUCUAAAUGUGGAAGUCAAACAAGAGCAUGACUGGCUUCUUCAGAAAUGUUUGUUCAUUACAACAUCCAAUGUACCUGACCAUAUCCUCGUACGCCGCGUUAAUUCAUCCGAAGAAGGCUUCGCCAACCUGGGGCCCUCCAGUUGCUUUGGAAUUCUAUUCCAGCUGUGGUGGCUAUGGCUGAUGGAAUUGUGGUUCAAAACAUCUGUAGGGUCUCACAUUUGGUGAAGGGUGAUCUGAAGUAACUACAGUGCCUGGUUUCGUACACACAAGUGCCAACAAGGUUUAAGAUCCCUAAUUCACUCAUUACAGGUAUGUGAUGAAAAAGUGGAAAUAAGCCAUUUCUGAAUAGGGUUGCCAGGGCAGGAGCAUCCCAGACCCUGAGAUUUGAGAGCUCAAACUUGAGACCUGGGUGCUGUCUCUGGUGAUGUCACAGAGUUGGCCCCUGGUGAUUCUUCUUCUGUGCUCCCUCCCACCACUGAGCCCUGGAGACGGAAGUUAAUUGGGAGAGGGGAGGAGUGGGCAGAGGUGGGCAGACCAUUUCCCUCCAAGAGUCUAUGCCAUAAUUUGCAGCUGCCUCCUGCCAGGCUGAAGCUUGCAAGCUGCACACUCUUGCCCACCUGGAGAUUCAAGCCCUCCACUUGCCACCAGGAGGGAACCAAACAAACGUGGGGUCUACGGAUCAGUCCUGGAAAUCUAGCAACUCUAUAUCUGGGUGCCAGAAAAGUAUCUGUUUGGGAAUUUCAAAAACUCAUCAGCCAAAGUUGUUACACACCCUUUGUGGAAUAAUUGAAAAGUUCCUUGAUUUAUGAAAAAGGCCCCCCCAGCCCCCCCCCCAAUUCGACAGACAACAAUAUUGAGUGCUACCUUUUGAUGUGCUAGUGAUUAUUCCAAGCCCCUGGAAUAUAUGUCAUACUCCACCUGCUUGAUUGGGGCACUGAAUUUAGGCAGGGGAGAAUAAAGGAUUCUGCAUUUAGAGCUUACUGGGAAAGAACGCUGGCUGUAAAACCAUACACUUGUAUUAUGAGAUGAAGAAUGAAACAAUUAUUAUUAUUUCUGUAGUCCAAAAUAUCUGGAGGGCAGCAGGCUAGUAAAGGCUGCUUUAAGAUGAUAUGUAAUUACAGUAUUGCUUGACAACAAAACGGUUUGUGUCCCAAAGAACUGCUCCCCCCCUGUGGCACAAUGGGUCAGUGCGCCUGGCUGUUAACCAGAAAGUUGGUGGUUCAAGAACAAAACAGAGCACCUGGGUUCCUAUUCUAAGGGCUGCUACAGAGUUGGUGAGCCCGUGUGUGUCUCUUGCCUGUGCCACUUGAACUCCUCUGCUCAUUGAAAACCAUUAUGUCAUUGAAAACGAUUAUGUCAUGGAGAAAGACUCUAGUUUAUUCUUCUCUGGUCUCUGAACCCUGGUGUCCCCCAAGCCCUAAUUGAGUGCUCUAACCACUACACCACCCCAGUUAUCUGGACCCUUGGCCUGACUCAGCAGAAGCAUUCAUCCCCGGUUCCUUGUCAAAACAGUUCUGCGAGCUGAGCCAAGGCUCUGUCUCCUGAGUCAGCUUUGGCAAAAGCACAAGCACCACAUUUCUCGAUGGAAUUGGGUUCCCCGCCUCCAGACGGCCCUAACCAUUGAGAUCCCUGCCGCCUCUGCCGCCUUUGAAAUGGUGUUGCAUGCUGCUGUUUACCUUCCAGGUAUCUUUUGGCCAGGCGCCCGUUCCCUGGGUGUGAGAGGGCUGAUUCAGUCAGGUGGCAUGAGAAGGGAUGAGGAAGGAAGCUGAGUUCUCUCUCUCUCGGAUGCAGCCGUGUGGCAAAAGAGGCUUUUCUCUUUCAUGGUUAUGUUUUCUUUGCUGACUGAAUGCAGAGUCCUAAGCAAACACCAUUUACUGACACCACCUAAAAAACACAUAUCAGGUUUCUUGUGCCAGGUUCCUCUGGGCAAGGGGAUGUUUAGGUGUCAGGUAGCCUUGGUGCCCUGCAGAUGUUUUGCACUACAGCUCCCAUCAACUCCAACCAGUGCUAGCAGGGGAUGUUGGGAGUUGUAGUACAGAAGGGCCAUGAUGGUGGGGGCUGAUGGGAGUUGUAGUCUGAAACAUCUGGAGGCACCCCAUCGGUGCAAGCCAUCUUAAAGGAAAGGCCAGCUCUUUGCCACAAAGUCCUUCCUCCUGUGCCUCAGUUUCCUCUUUGAAACAGAACAGGAUGGGACUAAACUUGGAAGAUUUGUUUUGAUCCAGGAUCACAAUGUCCCCUGGCCUGGCUUAACAUUUCAGGGUUUGGGUUUCUUUUGAAGCUCUGUGCAGGUGGGAGAAUGAGGGGGUUGGAUUCUGAGGUGAAGUGAAACUGACUGAGAUGUUUCAAGCCACAGUCAGGGAAUGCCAAUUUGAAUGUUUCUAGAAAAAUAGCACCUUAGCCUGUGCCCUAGAUCUGCUAGUUUUCUCUUGUAGAGAGAAAACUCACUCCUUGAGAGCCAGUGUGGUGUAGUGGUUAAGAGUGGUAGUCUUGUAAUCUGGGGAACCAGAUUCGCGUCUCCGCUCCUCCACCUGCAGCUGCUGGGUGACCUUGGGCCAGUCACACUUCUCUGAAGUCUCUCAGCCCCACUCACCUCACAGAGUGUUUGUUGUGGGGGAGGGAGGGAAAGGAGAAUGUUAGCCGCUUUGAGACUCCUUAAAGGGAGUGAAAGGCGGGAUAUCAAAUCCAAACUCUUCGUCUACUCUUCUUAUUUCAUGCAAGGGGACGUACCAAAGGGAAACCCUCCACAUGGCAUCUGAAGUACUGUAAUCCAUUAUAUCACCUCAGAAGUUCAUACAGCCUAAUUCCCACCACAUUCUGGGGCAUGUGCAGAUCUCACCUCAGGGUCUCUGAGACAAGACUUUUCCUCAGGGUGAGAAGCUACCAGGCCCACCCUCCAGCUUUCUCCUUCUUGCAAUUUACAGUUUAACCCACUCUUUAUGUCUGGCGUGUUGUUCCGGACUAACUGUCCAUCCUACCUUCCCACCCUUCCUGCGGAAGAAAGUGGUGUGGAGGGAGAGACCCCAAUGAAGGUAUAAUCUACAGCAGCCGUUCUAUCGGGCUAUAAGAGCAGGAGAAGGACAGGCCUGUAGGGUUCUGUGGCCGUUCUACCAAAAGACCACCACCUUUUUACUUCUCCCUGAAAUACUUCCAUUUUAUCUGGUCAUUGCAAGAACUGUUUCAGAGAAAUAGUACCUGAGCAAAAUUAUUUUUUCCCUCCUCUUUUCCAGCCCCUUUUCCUUUUGUGUUGUGUCUUUAAGCCAGAGGGCAGGAACUGACUUACCACUGACAUUUGAAAGCUGUUUUGGCUGAAAAGCAGGGCAAAAACUUGUGACCGGCGAGGUGCAGGGACUCCAGCAAACUGCUACCUUCCUUUCCCCCAGCUUCAGCAGUAAAGCAGUAAUCAUGGUACCCUACUUUGCAGGGCUGUUGUAAGGUUACUGAGAAAACAUAGGCAGCAAAGUGUCUUUCUGGGUGCAAAUCUGUGCAAACGUUCUGGGAAGUAAACCCUGUUGCACUCAGUCGGACUUUCCCUGGAGUAAACAUGUGUAGGGUUGCACUGUACACCGUGUUGAUUACUUAAUUAAAAGGCCAUUGAGGAGACAUGGGUCACCUUGAGCUCAGUCACUGCCUCUCAGCCUAACCUACCUCACAGGGUUGUUGUUGUAGAGAUUAAAUGAGAUAGGGAGGAAGCCAUGCGAGCCACUUUGAGCUCCUUGGGGGAAAAAGGUGGGAUAUAAAUGCAAUAAAUAAGUAACAGCAGAGAGUUUACGGCAAUGAUAAGCUGCAUAUUUUUUUUUUUUUAAUGCAGCAAUUAUAGGCUGUGUUUAAAAAUAAAAUAAAACAAUGGGGCCCUAAAAUAAAAAAAAUCUACACUAGCUGGUGAAUCCCUUUUCCUGUACAGGGAGCUCCGCACGCACAGCCCCUCCUUGCCUGGGGAAGUCUCAGCAGUUUGCAGGCGGAGGGAGGAGAUCGCACAAGCUGUGGCAGAGCCCAGGUAUCUGUGCAGGCAGGUUUACCUGGACUCUCUGGCCUGUCCGCUUCCCUGGAGGCAGGAGGAGCCUUCUGCAGCCGGUGGUUCCGGCUCUGGAAAGGAUCCGCGGGAGGCCAGGCAAGGAGGACACCUCUGCUGCAGGGGCAGAAGGGCUUGAGGUGGGGUGGGAGCUGGGGGGGGUGGAGAGAGGGAGGGGGGCAGAGAGGCCCUUUUUCUAACAUGCCAUAAAAAUGCAGCCAGAUGCACAAGGUCUCCUUCAAAUGCAGUGAGGGUCCUUUCUGGUUCCUGCUUUUCUGUUUUGUGUGUUUUGUUAAAAUGUCACCAGUUAACGACAAAGAAAUAAGUUAAUGGCAAAGAAAGAAAUGUAAGCCCACCCACAAGCCACACUGUAGGGCUAUCCUCACCCGACUGCCAUGAGGUGAUCUCAGGGGCCAGUCCCUGCCUCUCGCUCUCACCUGCCUCACAGGGUUGUUGUGGCAGGGAUUGAGCAAAGAGGGGGGAGAACCAUGUAAGCUCCACAGAGAAAAGAGUGGAAUAUAAAGGCAAAUAAUCAUACAGUGGUACCUUGGUUUAAGAACAGCUUAGUUUAUGAACAACUUGGAUUAAGAAUGCUGCAAACCCGAGUGUUUUGGUUUGUGAACUUUGCCUUGGAAUAAGAACAUGUUUUGCUUCCGAUUGAGUGUGUUCCAUUUGUAAAUUGAGUCCCCCGCUGCUAUGGGAAAGCACGCCUUUGGUUUAAGAACAGACUUCCGGAACGGAUUAAGUUCGUAAACCAAGGUACCACUGUAAUAAUAACAACAACCAAAACCUCAUGCAAAGUGACAAGCGAGCGAGCUUUUGUGUCCUCCAGAGCUCUUCUUCAGGAUGGCUGUUAAGAGGAUGCAGCAGGGCAAGGUGGGGAGAGAGGAAUAGAGAGAGAGUGAGCUAGAUACAGUGGUACCUCAGGUUACAGACACUUCAGGUUACAGACCCCGCUAACCCAGAAAUAGUACCCCGGGUACUAUUUUGCUUCAGGAUGAGAACAGAAAUCGUUCUCCGGCGGCACGGCAGCAGCAGGAGGCCCCAUUAGCUAAAGUGGUGCUUCAGGUUAAGAACAGUUUCGGGUUAAGAACAGACCUCCAGAACGAAUUAAGUUCUUAACCCGAGGUUAACCUUGGUUGUUGAACUUAAUCCGUUCCAGGAGUCUGUUUUGACUCCCAAAACCGUUCGAAAACCAAGACGUGGCUUCCGAUUGGCUGCAGGAGCUUCCUGCACUCAGUCAGAAGCCACGUUGGAUGUUCAGCUUCCAAAAAACAAUCUGUGUUUGUGGUGUUGGGGAGCCAAGCCAUUCAACAACCAAAGUACCACUGUACUUUUAAAGCCUGCAGACUUUGAGGCUUCAGCAUCACGCCCAGGAUUUUCUCCGCUCUGCUGCUGUUUUACUCAACAUUCUGCUGAAUUGUCCUGGAAUGCUUGGACCUUGGGUAGCACUGACAUUGCCCAGAUUAGUGAUGUUUUUAUCAUCUCUAUUUCAGGGCUCUUCUGUUUGGGCCACAUUUUAUUCUGUUUCCCCCAUACUUACCAGGCACUGGUCUGAGCAGUUUUUCUUUUGCCCUCUCCACUUUCCCUGAGAAAGACCCGUUGUUUACUGCUGAAUUGGGACAAGUGUCAAUCUGCAGGGAACCUGACUGAUGUUCCUUAGGAUUCAGUGGUAAACAGCUGGUUUCCCUGGAGGAAGUGGGAAACCUCUCGGAAUCAUGCCUAGAAAAAAUGGGACAAGCAGAUUCAAGUGAGGAUGAGCCCUUAAUAGACUUUUUGGGGGUAUUGUUUGAAUUCUAUUAUGGUGUAAAUAUUUUUUCUAAUGAUUAUGUUUCAUAUGAAUUUAGCUUUUUGUUUUUUACCCUUUUUUGUAUAUUAUCCCUAUACCUGUGAGUAUAGGAUGGUAUACAAAUUGUUGUUGUUGUUGUUAGCAUAUGCUGCCUUGAGUCCCGGUCCAGUGAAAAAGUGGAAUUAUUAUUAUUAUUAUUAUUAUUAUUAUUAUUAUUAUUAUUUAUUUCUAUGCCACCUACACACAGAUGAGCUUGCGGGUUGUCACUUAACCCUUCCCUGUCUCCUCAGGUGUGCUGGCAAAAAUCCUGGCAUCCCAGAACAGCAUCACUGCGGUGCUUGGCAAAGAUGUGGUCCUCCCCUGUUCCUACCAGGCCUCAGAGGGCGAGAGGGUGGUUCAGAUCACGUGGAUGAAGCGGCGGGAGGACGGGACAGCCCAGGAGUUGGUGGUGCUGAACUGGCAACACGGGACCUACGUGCAGGAUCCCUAUUCAGGGCGAGUGCUGCGACAGUCCGAAGGAACCCUAGAAGAUGGCUCCAUCCUGCUGAAGAAUGCGGUGCAGGCCGAUGAGGGGGCAUACGAGUGCCACCUCAUUACCUUCCCUGGGGGCAGUUUUGAGUCCAGCCUGACCCUCAAGAUCCUAGGUAAGGACCUCCUAAUGAACCCUCAAACUGAGCCCUGGGUCUGACUUGGGUGGUAAAUCUCUGUCUGGGCUGGCUUCAGGUGAGGGUCCGCAGAACUGAAUGCUGUGCAGUUAAAACCAAUCCCUGCACGUACAAAGCUAGCAUAUCAGGGAAAACGCUCUUACAUUAAUCUUCCUGACAUGCUAGUGUUGUUGUUUUUUAUCUUCAGGGAUUAUUAUUUUUAAAAAUGCAUAUAUUGGAUUAUUGGAUAUUACUUUAUCUGAUAGAAGUUGCUUAUUUUAAAGCCAUAUUUUUAUCGUGACUUAUUUGCUUUGAAUUGGGUUGUUUAUGGGAUGUGCAACCCUUGUUGCAUAUUUUGUGCUUUCUACCAGCAAGCAGAUUGCCUUGGGUAUAGCAGUGCAAAAAAGGGGGGGUACAAAUUAAAAGUGAAGUGCAUAUACAGUGGAACCUCAUUUGCCAAACGCUUCGGAAGCCAAACAAUUCGGAACCUGAACAGCAACAACCCAGAAGUGAAUGCUUCCAUUUUUGAAUGUUUUUCAGGAGUCGAAAGGCUUCCGGGGAGUUUUUUUCUUUUUUCCCCAUUGAAGUUGCUGGCAGCCCUUUGAUCCUUGGUUGUCGAAUGUUUUGGAAGUCGAACGGUCUUCCAGAACGGAUGACGUUCAACAACCGAGGUUCCACUGUAUGUCUUUGCAUGGAGAAGUAUUCAUAUACCCCAACCUCUGCUUGCAGCCUGAAGUCUGAAUCUCAAAGUGUACACAACCCCACACACACAUACCAGCACAAACUUCAUCCUGGUGUAAUCUGACGGGUGGGAACCAGUUCCUUUGCUGAGUUUCUGGGAAUGUUCACACUAAAUCUGUCAUCCACCAUGGCUGUUAAGCCACUUUAGGGGUCUUCUUUCAUAAAAUCAUAGAUUUGUAGAGUUGGAAGGGAUCCCCAAGGGGUCAUCUAAUCCAAUCCACCACACACACACCCACCCACCCGCUGUGCAGGAAUCACAACUAAAGAAUCGCUGGCAAGAGGCCUCUAGCAAAGGAGAGCCCUCCACCUUUCCAGGGAGGCCAUUCCACUAUCUUUCCCCCCCCAGAAAAAGUUUUUAGUCAUUUUAUAAUACAAAUAAACAACACAGGAAAACAAACAAUACAAACAGAUUCUUGUCUUAUCCUUAUUCUUUCUAAACAUUGUUAGAUGGGCUUCCCCAAGUCCCCCCUAUCUGAUUUUCAUUUUACCUCAUCUUUAGCAGUUUACAUAUAUAAUAAUUUCUAACCAUUUUUUUUAAUCACACUUACUUUAACCAUAAAAAUCUUCACAUUUUAUCACUUGCAAAUAAUACUAUUUUAAAAUACACUAUCUUCUACUUCUAACCCUGCAGCCUAAAUCCACUUCCAAAGCUAUUCUAAGAUUUAAAUGUUAACAUAUUUUUUCAAAUAUUCCUUAAACUUCUUCCAAUCUUCUUCCACCAUCUCUUCUCUCUGGUCUCGGAGCCAUUCCACUAUCUUAACCGCUCUUUGCCCUCGGAAAGUUCUUCCAGAUAUUUAGCCUCAUUUUCCUCUUCCUCUGACUGCAGUUCCCCCGUUGCCCACCUUGAACCUCGGCCCCCCGCUGGAGGAGGGGCAGGGCCGGACUCUGGCUGCCUCGUGCACUGCGGAAGGGAACCCCGUGCCCACGGUGACCUGGGAGACGGAAGUGCGCGGCACGGACAGCAGCCGCGUGUCCUCGCACCCCCGCUCGGCCUCCGUCACCAGCGAGUUCUACGUGGUGCCCGGGCGGAGCAUGCACGGCAAGGCCCUCACCUGCAUCGUCUCCCACCCAGGGCUGCAGCACAAGAAGAGGAUCACGCACACCCUCAACGUGGCAUGUGGGUAUCUGCCGGCCCUCUGGGGUGGGUCAAACCAUCUCCGCACAGAAGGGGUGGUGUGGGGACUUUCUGGGCACAAGGGUCACUCACAUCCCCUCAGGGACCUACCUUUCAAGGACAAUGUGCUUCUGGCGGUUGUGGCCAGAGGCAAAACUAGCCAGAGCCACAAGGUUAGCUCUUAAGUUUAGGCCGUACAUUUAAGGCGCAUUUAAAGCAAAUGGCUGUGGGGAACGGUAGUUUCCACAACUGAGCUACAUUUCCCCAGAAUCUGUGGAAAACUACAGUUCCCAGAGUUCUUUGGGGGAGGUUAUGUGCAGUGGAUGUGCUUUAGAUGUAUGGUGUGUGGCCUGUUGUACAUAGAAAGUCAGUUUUCUCUGUGUGUACACACACACACACACACACACACACACACACACACACACCCCUCCAUUCUCCAUCCGAGCAAGUAAAAGGCAGGAUCACAGUUGAAAGGCACAUUCCCACCAAGAAAAAGGACCCAAGGAGGGUGCUGUGCAAGCCAGCCAGGGGUGGGGUCUAGGGAGGUGGACAUUGCAUGAGAACAGUCCUGAGGGCCAGAUAGGAAAGCCCAAAGGAGCCAGCUUUUGACCUGGGCCUGUCGUGCCUCACCACUGUCAAACCAAGAUAUCUGGCCCAAAGCUAAGGCCAAACAGUGAUUUAGCACAAUUCAUGAAUUCGAUCCAGCAAUCUGUGAAUUUUAUCGAAUCAUUUUACUGAUUCUUUAGCAUCUUUAUUUGGGAGUAAUUCCUGAACUUCUGAGUAGAUAUGAGCAGGCCUGUGCUGUUAAUCUCCAACUUCCGCACACACACGUGGGAUGUCUUUGAGACCUUUGAGCACGUAGCUCCUUGAGGGGAACUCUGCUGAGAACCCUCAGCACCCUGAACAAGCCACACUUCCCAGGAUCCUCUGGGGGAAGCCUUGGCAGUUUAAAGUGGUGAGAUUCUGCUUUAAAAUGCACAGUGCAGGGGACAUGGGCUGCUCUCUCCUCUCUGCCACUUUGACCUCUUUUAACAUUGCCUCCACGCAGAUCUGUCGGAUGCCUCAGUCCUGGGCCACGAAGAGGGGGAAGAUUGGGUCGCAGGAAAGGAAGGGGCAUUCCUGAAGUGCCUCGGAGAUGGGAACCCACCUCCCACGUACAACUGGACACGGUCAGUCGCUUUUCUGUGGUGCAAGAGAUGGCUCUCUCUUUCUAAACAGGGAAGAGGCCUGGAGUUUUGUUUCUUUAUUCAGCAUGGGGCAGUUGCCAGAGGCAGAAAAGUAGGUGUGGCCAGAGGCCAAGGGUGGGUGUGGCCAGUGGGGGUGACUAUAGGUAGGUAGUGGGUGUGGCCAGAGGCAAAGGCAGGUGGAUUAAUGGCUAUGACUUUUACCUUUUCACAGUAGGCUACAUUCCAGCCUUAGAAAAGUAAGGCAUUCCUACACACACCUAAGCAAAAGGCAUUUUUCACAUCUUGAGCAUACAUUCCAGCAAAAGCACUUGAGGAGAGAGCAUGGAGCAGGAACCCUGAGCAAGUGUAAACUGGGAAGGGGGGGCAUGGCCCAAAGAGAACUCCGAGGGUAAGAUAGAGAGGUCCCAAGGGCCACAUUGGGCCCCUGGGGAUCCAGCCCCACCUCUUUCGUGGUGAUGAGAUUAGAAUUUCAGACAAGGACGAAGAAGAGCCAGAUUCAUAUCUGUCAGGGGGCUCUCUGGUUUAGCUCGGACCGAUCAGACUCUCUCACCCUAACUUGUCUCGCAGGGUUGUUGUGAGGAUAAAAUGGCGGCGGGGGGGGGGGGAAUAGGACACAUGGCCCGCAUAUGCUCCAGCUGCUUAAGGGAAAGGUAGGAUAGGAAUGUGAAUCGUCUGGAGUUUUUUAAAAUCAAAGAAUGUAUACCUGACUUUUUAAUUCCAGGAAUUUACGCAGUAGUCAUUUAUUAAAUUUGUAUGCCGCCUGCCCUGGAGCCUCUAGGCAUUCGGAAUAAGAAAUGCAAUUAAAAAUCCAUACAUGCAAUUGUAUAAGAACAUCAACAGCCCAUCUCUCCAGCUGAAACAUUUUGAAAACCGUGCUUGCCGUAGGAGCCAGUUUGUCUAGUCUGCAUCCCAGAUAAAUCACAAGUCUUGAUCUUGUCCUGGUUUUUUUUCUUUGGAGGAUGCUUUGUUAAAAUCGAUUUGAAUUCUGCAGAUGCCCUAUCUCUGAACAAUGUGUGGCUGCAUCUUUAUCUCUUACCCACUCAUGUAACAAUGUACACGCACGGAUUUGAAGGUGGCAUGCUGUGGUCAGUCUGCCAUUUCGUACAUGGAAAUGGGCAAAAGCGCUUUGAGGUGUUGGUAACAGUUUGCAGGACAGACACUGCCUUGACUUUUAGAAGAGUGUUGCAGUCAGCCCCAGUCUCCAAACAGCGAGAGACUCCAGGGGUGCCUGCACUUACCCAGGGUUCAAUUUCUUUGGAAUGAAGUGCCAGUGGAGACCGUGGUGCCUUUUGGAUAUAUGUUUUUGCUUGGCUUUAAAAGAAAAUCAUACAGAUUUAUGGAGAAGAAGGUUAUAACCACGAUGGAGACUGUACUCUGCCUCCACAGUUGGAGGCGGUAAUGCUUCUGAAUACCAGUUGCAGGAGAGGAGAGGCCACUCUGAGAACAGGAUGCUGGACAAGAUGGGACAUGGCCCUAAUCCAGCAGGGCUCUUCGAAUGUUCUUAUAUCCUACCCUCCACUUGUUACAGAAGCCCUGUGCAUUGCAGAUGAUUCUUGGGUGUGUUUUUCACAAGUCCAUUCUGCUCCCACCAUAGCUGUCAACCUUCCUUUUUUUUGCGGGAAAUUCCCUUAUUCCAGCGCCGUUUCCUGCUGCUAUCCCGGAUUGUUAGAUAUCCCAUAGACUGUCCCUGGGACAGGUGAGGCUGCUGAUCCCUUAUUUUUGAGGCUGCUGAUCCCUUAUUUUCAAAUCUGAAAGUUGACAGCUAUGGCUCCCACUGUCGAUGACCAGGCCUCAUGGGGCCUCAGCAUUGUCUGACAUGAACAAAGAGCCCGGUCAGUAGUGCAGCUGGGUCUUGGAACCAGAAGGUCCCCAGGUGACCACCCAGAGAGUGGCAGGUUAUGGGAGCCACACCCAACAAGCCUGGCAUUGGCACCUUGGCUGCUAGAAGCAUGGCAGGGCCCACUGGGGCAGGUGUUGGUUGCUGUAGAAUCCUUUCUGUAUUUUUUUAAGGUGGCCAUGAAUGCACAUGGUAAUAGAUUCUCACUUGAUUAUCCCUUUCUACAACAGAAUGGUGCUUGUUAUUCCCAGGUAAAAUGUAUUUAGCAUCAGGGCAGCAGAAGCAAAUGCCGUUUUGUUCCUGUAGUCAUGAUGGUGCUGUGAAUUCAAGGCAGGCGUGCAACGUGCUCAGAGCAUUGAAAGAAAAAUAAAUAAAUCCAGAGUUGGCAAACUGUUUUUGUUUGUUGCUGUGAGAUAUCAAGAAUGUAGAAGCAUGGAAUUAGGGGAGAGAGAGUACAGAAAUGGGAAGUAGGUGCUUUACAACUGGCUACCCAAAGGGGGCACCUUGCAAGACCCUUAAGGCCAGGUUCUAAAAUGACCCAGCUGCACCAGUAAGCUUCUCCCAGUAAGCAGUCCCCAGUAGGCUUCCAAGGAGCUCCUCACAGAUGCCCUAGAAAAACAGAGUUGAAGAACCCCUGGCCUACUAGGACAAAGUGGGCAUGGCAGGCUGGGAAGAGUUCCGUGGCAGAGUGCCCUCUCUGCAGGCAGCAAGCAGCUCAGCUUGAAGCCAGGGGGAAUGAAUCCUGCCCUAGCGCUGGGAGCCUCUGGAGGCAGCCUGUGCCCGUUAGGGAGAGCAACAGCCGAGCCAGCCCCCACCCCUCAAGCACCCGCCCCUGGGGCAAUCCCUAACCCACGUGACACUUUCCCGGGAUGCAAAUCCAGGAUUGCACCACCAGAGGAGUCUGGGGCCGCUUGGCAUCUCCCAGCGCCAGCCUUGGACGCCUGCCUGGCCCGCCUGACACCGUCUGGGUGCCAGCUACGAGGUGCGUUUCCUGACGUCCCACAGAGAGCUGGCGAGGCUUGCUUCUGGCAGCCCCUCUUGCCCCAGGCGCCCAGGCUGGGGAUCCUUCCCUCCUGCCCCCCAAAAGGCAGCUGCAGUAGUGCAUCUGGGUGGCAACCACUUGCCCGCCUGGCCGUUCCAUUCCCAGCCAGCCAGUGGUGCACCUGAUCUGGGCUGGCUGCCGCAGAGAGCUCCCACGGAUCCCAUUCAAAGGGAAGGCUGAUCCUCCAUAAACACUUAUUCAUCACUCAGCCAUCCCGGCCUGCCUCUCGAGCUCUUUUUUUUUUUUUUUUGCGCUCCGAGGGACUGGCUGAGACUUGCUGUGGGUUUCGGGGAAGCAGCCCCGGGCCAAGAUGCACCUUGUAGCAUUUUGUGGUGAGCGAAGGUGGCGGGGGGGGGGGGGAGAGACGGUGAAAAACCAGCCAAGUCAGCACAGGGCUGGGGGGUGGGCGUGGUGGAUGGAUGAGGCUUUGCACAGGCCAGGUUGUCGGGGGGGGGGCAGGAAUGAGAUUCUUUUGAGGUCUGCCUGCCUUUUAUAGAGGUGCAGCAGUUCGGCAGGAAACAUGGCCUCUGUAGAAAGCUGCACAGCUGCUUAUCGGGCAGAAAGUGGCCAGGAUUUCAUCCUGCUGGCAUGCCUGCAAAGGCCGAGGUCUCAGUGUCAGUACAGUCAUACCUUGGAAGUACAUUCGACUUCCAAAAUGUUUCGGAAACCAAGGCGUGGCUUCCAAUUGGCUGCAGGAAGCUCCUGCAGCCAAUCUGAAGCCGUGUCGGACAUUCGGGUUCCAAAGAAUGUCUGCAAACCGGAACACUCACUUCUGGUUUGCGGCAUUCGGGACCCAAAACAUUCAACUCGCAUGGUGUUCGGGAUCCAAGGUACAACUAUUGUCCUUUUCUGCAGAAAAAGUGAGAAGGCAGGGUGGAUAGUUAUCCUGGAACAAAUGCUGGAAAUGAACUGUAAACUGGGGUGGGGGAUAGAAAGCUGGAAGGUGGGUCCCUUGCCCUGGAGGCCCUGAGAUGAGAGCUGUACAUGCCCCUAGCACACAUUUGGAGUACCCUGAACAAAAUUGCCUUUUAAAAUUAAAAGUAAAAGUAUCUAAAGGGUAGACCUUGGUGACCAUUUGUUUUUUAAAUAUGGCAUGAUUUUAUUAGGCAAAGAUUGAGGCACCAUCAGUAAAUGCAAAUGUCUGGCUCAUUUAAAACUAUCUAGGACCUUUAUUUUCAAUAAAACUGACGGAACUAACUGGUGGAGAAUACUUUAAAAAAAAAUCUUUAUUAUUUGUAAAGGGAAUAUCGAAUCAAUACUUUAUUAUGCCUUUGGGGCUGUGCUGUGUCUUUGUACUGCAACGCUUUAUGGGUUAAACCAGGGGUUUUCAGCCCAUGUACCGUGGUACCCUGGAGUGCCUUGAAUGAUAGGGGUGCCACGAGCAACACUGGCCUUUGUCCCUCUGAUGCCUUCUCACAUCUCUGCCUCCCAAAGGCUUGCACAGCUGUUUGUUGCAGCAGCCCUGGCUACCACUCCCCAGGCGAAUGGUGCCUCUGGCGCUGAUCAGGGGGUGGUUUGAGAGACCAGGGGCGGCGGCAGUAGCUGCCCAGAAGUCUCCCAAGGAGAAGAGAGAAGAGAGGAGGCUGAGGGAAUACUCCACAAGGGACAGUGUUCAAAAUGGGGUGACAAGCUGUCCAUAACUGGGCUCCUGAGCCUCACAGGGGUGCCGCAGAAAGAAUGUACGGUAGUUGGUCAAGGGAACCGUAUGGACUCAAAAAGGUUGAAAACAUCUGGUUUAAAGUGUUGGUUCUUUGUUUUCUUUCCUUUUGUCAUGUUUGCAUGUGAACAAAUCAAUAACUUUAAAAGGCGGUGGGGGGAAGGAGCUAAAUGAAGGGAGAAAAGUUUUGCCCUUUGCAAACACUGUUAAACGCAUGUGUGUGUGUGUGUGUGUGUGGACAAGAGGCUCCUGUUGAUGCACCCAUGCGCAGUGCACAUAUGUCCUCGCUCUUUCCCCACAUGCAGAUGUCUUCUCCCACAUCAGUGUCAGUUGUGUGUGCGUGCGAGUUGGGAAGGGCACGGCGCUGUUGCCUCGGCCGGGCUCCGCUCGCCGGCUCAGACGCUUUGCCGAAUCUCUGCGCAGAGUUUGGGGUGCUGUCUGGACACGCUCCGGCACCCAGCUCAGCUAUGCAAGAGACCCGUGGGAAAAGGGAAGGGAUCCCUUUGAUUUCAGCACCUAUUGUUCAUGAUGUCAUGGCUGACCCCGCCCUCCUCUUCCCUGCCCCCCCUCCCCUUGUGCCCCACACCUCCCCUCGCGAGCCUGGACAUGUUGCUGAGGCGGGGAAGCGGCAGAAAGGGCGAGAGCAUCUGGUUCAGGAGUUCCUGGCCCUUGCCAUUCCUCUUUUCCUCUUGCGAGGCGUCUUUGGGGCGGUGCCUCUCCCUCUGGCGAAGGCCCCCUGACACCCCGCAGCCGAAAAUAGGGACAUACUUGCAAUGUUUUUAAGAGAAAAGGUGAGGAAGAGGCAACACAAUGGAAGUGUAGAAAAUUACACAUGGAGUGGAGAAAGAGACCUUUUCCCUUCCCCUUUCAGCAUAAAACUGCUUCAAAUCCCCACUCAGCCAUGAAGCUCACUUGGUGUGAUCUUGGGCCAGCUGCUGCCUCUUAGCCUAACCCACCACAUAGGGUUGUUGUGGGGAUUAAAUGAGGAGGGGGAGAGCCAUGUAUAUCACCUUGAGGUCCUUGGAGAAGAAGGGUGUAUAGAAAUGCAAUAGAUAAAUACCAGUAAAUCUGGAGUAGAAAAUGUACAUACACGGCUCUGCGUACAGAGAGUUCAUGGUGUGGUGGUUGGAGUGUUGGACUAGAACUUGGGAGACCAGGGUUCAAAUCUUCACUUGGCUGUGAAGUCCACUGGGUGACCUUGGGCCAGUCAUGGCCUCUCUGCCUAACUUAACCUCACGGGGUUGUUGUGGGGAAUAGAGGAGGGGGAGAGCCAUGUAUGCCACCUCGAGCUGCUUAGAGAAAAGGCUGGGAUAUAAAUGCAAUUGAAUGAAUGAAUGAAUGAAUGAAUGAAUGAAUGAAUGGAAAUUUAGGACAUCCCAUGAAUGGUUCAGGACAGAUCACAGAAAGUCCUUCAUUCAACGCCUAGUUAAACCACAGAACUGGCUCCCGCAGGAGACAAUAAUAGCCCACCAACUUGGAUAGAUUAAAAGAAGUUUGGACAAAUUGGAUGGAUUGAAAGAAGUUUGGACAAGUUCAUGGUACAGGCUAGCGAUGGCUCCUAGCCACAGUGGCUCAGCUCUGCCUCCAUGGUCAGAGAGGCAGCAAUGCUUCUGAAUAUUGGCUGCUAGAUAACACAGGACCAGGUGACCUUUCAUCAAAUGAUGCAGCAGUGUGUGUGUGAAACUGCCUGUUUGGGAGGUGAUGAAUAGACACCUCUCUGUGACUUAGCAGGUGCUGCACAUCUUGAGCAGUUGAGUUCAGGGCAUUGGCAAAACUCUAGGUGUCAAAAGAAGACCCAGCAAGAAUCUGGGUCCGCAGAGAUAAAGAUGUUUUCCCCACCCCUUCCUGACUUGGUCUCCUCUCUCUGCCCAGGCUGAAUGACCCCCUCCCCAGCGGAGUGAAAAUCAAGGGAGACACCCUGCUCUUCCAGAGACCCCUUAACUCUGAAGAUGGAGGCGUCUAUGUCUGCCAAGUGGCCAAUGGCUUUGCAACCAAGGAGGCGGAGACGACCAUCAGCAUAAAAGGUACCAUUCUGGGACAGCUCAGAAACAGGCGGCAGAGCUGAUUUGGCUUGUCUAUGCUAGACAACAGCGCAGGCCACAUUCACACCAUAGCUUUCAAGCACUAGGGCACUGCAUUAAACCGCCAUGGCUUCCCCCAAACAGUUUUGGGAGCUGUCAUUCAUGAAGGGUACUGAGAGUAAUUAGGAGGCCUCUAUUCCCCUAACAAAACCUACAGUUCUCAGAAUUCCUUGGGAAGAGGGAUUGACUGUUAAACUACUCUGGGAAUCAUACCUCUGUAAACACUCAUUUCAGUGUUUCUUUUAAAAGUAAAAUGUUUUUUAAAAAAACUUAAAAGAAACCUGCUCCAGUGUUGAGGGUUGGUGACGUGCCCAUUUCUAGCCAAUCUGUGCUGUGCCCACCACUAGCUGUACACACACAUUUUUUUGUUUCCUCAGAAUUUGAUAUAGGGGAGAAGAUAGGGGACUAGGUCCUCCCCCCCACCCAAUGUGUGGUGGGGGAAUAAAAGGGCUUGCCUUCCCUCCUCUCUCACCUGGCAGCCAUGGGAGAAUUUUGCCUCUCCUUGUAAGGAAGCCACUCCUUCUGUAACUCUCUAAAGAUCUGUCCUUCAGAGGAACUGGUGCUGUAGGACUUUGGGCAAGGGGGUGAUUUGUGGGUUUCUUCCAGUCCCAUGCAGAGAAGCUCAAAGUGGACUUCAUGCAUCACUGCCAUGGCCUACUCACCUCUCUUUUCUUGUCUCUCCCAACAGGCAACCGGGCCAAGCAGGUGGACGUGGUCUCCAUCUCCAUGAUUGGGGCAGGACUUAUCUCUGUAGUACUGCUUGGCUUGCUGGUCCUGGUGGUCAUACUCAUGACUUGCUACCACAAGAGAAAGACCAAACGCAUCACUGAGAAAUAGUAAGCAAAUGGGGAUAGGACCAUAGAAUUGGAAGGGACCCAAAGUGUCAUCUAGCACUUCACAUGACAUCGUUUUGGUGUUAUUAGCCCUCUUCUCUGAUGCCAACCGUAAUCACCUUGGUCCCCCCGUUACGCUUUGAGCCGGACUAAGGAACUAGAUUUGGCUAGUGGGCUGGAUUCUUACCUUCCCCCCCACACACUGUGGGCUAAGUUUCACAGGUGAGUGGGGACACCCACCUGCCAAUCACUUGGCAUCACGAUGACGCCUGUAUGGACAAUCAGCUGAUGGUUGGGGCUUGCAGAGCACCUCGUACAGAGGCGUGCAAGCCCUGGCAAUCUGUUGGUCAUCGGGGCUUUUCAGUGCCCUUUGGUCCAGCCACAUGCUUGCCUGCCCCACCCCUGAGGUCAUACAACCUACGCAGGGGUUGUGUUCUGGGAAUCACACCAUGCUGAAUCUCUAGUGGCGGAGUGUCCCAUAGGACCAGGCCAGCUACACCAAAGGCUUGGUUUCUCGUCAUUGUGAAAUGAGCCCCGCCAACUCAGGGUAUGACCAACAGCACUUCUGCAGAUAAUCUCAGGGGCUGAGCUAGGCUCUCUGGGUUCAGGCUGUCCCUGAGGCACCCUGGAGCUAAGUUGUUAUGGGCUUCAUUAAAUUAAUUUGAACAGUGAAGCUUCUGGGCAAACUAAGAGACCUGGCAACCAUGCCCCCUGGUGCCACGUCUGGUGCCUUGGCACACAGUGAGAUAUUCCUGUUAGGCAGAGGGCAAGGGGGGAAGUAGCUGUCUCACCUGGCUUCUCCCCCUAUUUGUGUCCGGCAGUGAAGAAGAGCUGACCCUGACCAGGGAGAACUCCAUCCGGCGCCUCCACUCCAGCCACAGCACUGACACCCGGAAUCAGGUGAGGGUCAAACAAAAACAUGUUGGAAGUCCUGGGCCACAGGGAGGUUAGGCUGGCCUCAACCAGAGCUAGGGCUUUUUUGGCUGUGGCCCUGAUCUGGUGGAACGCUCUGUCACAAGAGACUAGGGCCCUGUGGGACCUGACAUCUUUCCGCAGGGCCUGCAAGACAGAGCUGUUCCACCAGGCCUUUGGCCAAGGCAGAGUCUGACCCCUUCCUUUGAUAAUCCUCAUAGAACUCUAGCCCAAUGGUUGCCAUUAAUUUGAUUUUGAAUUGAUUUUAGAGUGAAUUGAUUUUAGAAUGCUGUGUUACUUUUAUUGUUGUUAGCCGCUCUGAGCCCGGCUUCGACUGGGGAGGGCGGGAUAUAAAUAAAUUAUUAUUAUUAUUAUUAUUAUUAUUAUUAUUAUUGAGAGUGUGGGAGUCCCUGUGGAUUGGCUGGGGAGGGAUAAGAAGGCACAGACUGGGCUUUUCCAUGGAAAGGAAGUGGGUGGGGAUAGAGAGCCCCCUCUCCUUUCAUAAAACUGUAGGGUUGGAAGGUAACAUAAGGGUCAACUUGUCCAGCCCCUUGCAAUGAAUGCAGGAAUCCCAGCUAGAGAAUCCCUGACAAGCUAUCCAACCUUUGUUCAAAAACCUCCACCGCUGCAGGAAAUAAGCAGUGCUUUGCUUGAUCUGGGCAUCUCAAGUCUCAUACAGUUGGCCAGAUGGCUCUGGGAGGCUCAGACACCAUCCUGGUCUGCACAGGUAGACUGCCUCUGAACUUGGAGGCGCCCAUUUAUCCAUGGCUCGUAGCAGGGCUUCCCCACACAACUCUGAGCUUUAGAGCUCCACGUCUGAGUGUUUUGCUCAAUUGGGGCAAACAUCAAUCUGGGUUUUCCAUUUGCUCCGAUUCAGCUUUAAAGAGAGGGUUUUUGCUCCAGUGCAAAAAAAAAAAAAAAGGCCCUCAGACACAGAGCUUUAAAGCACAGUCGGUGCCUGGAAGGAACAGAGGAAAGGUAAGUGAUGAGAAGCCUGCAGUUGAUAGAACUGUGAAGCCUCUUUUUCUCCUCUUCCUUUGCUGCAGAGCUGAGCCCAUGGAAGUCCUUCAGCACCCUCUAGAGGGAGCAAGUGGAAUAAUGUAAACACGCACACAAGCCACCUUUCUAAAUAUGAGAAGGGCUGAGCUCAGAUCUUACUUGAGGCCACCUUCUCUGACCUGGGAAAUGCUUGUGGUUGCCUCACCUCAAAGAGGAUAUUGCAGAGUUGCAAGAAAGGUUCAGAAAAAGGGCACCAAAAAUGAUCCAGGGGAUGGAGCUGUUGCUCCCCUACAAAGAAAGCUUCCAGCGUUUGGGGCUUACAGGUGGGGCGGGGGGAAGAGGCGACACGAUAAAAGUUUAUGAAAUCAUGCACGACAUGGAGGAAGUAGAGAGAGAAAAGAUUUUCUCCCUCUUUCAUCAUAACACUAGAACUCACGGGCAUCCAGUGAAGCUGAAGAUUCAGGACAAUUAUUUUUUUAAGUGACUUCUUCACGCAGCGCUUAGUUAAACUAUGGAACUCGCUUCCAUAGGGGGCAGCGAUGGCCACCAACUUAUCGAGUCAUAGAGAAGGGUCAUCUAGUCCAACUCCCUGCAAUGCAGGAAUCGCAGCUAAAGAAUCCCUUUGGAUGGCCCUAAGGGAGGCAGAUUCAUAGAGGAGAAGCCUAUCAGUGGCUACAGGCCAUGGUGGCCAUGCUGUGUCUCUAGAGACAGUAGUGCUUCUGAAUACCAGUUGCUGGAAACCACAGGAGGGGAGAGUGCUGCUCUUGGGCUCGGAUCCUGCUUGCGGGUUCCCCAUGGUGGAUGGAGUCUGCUUGACCACUGCGAGUGCAGGAUAUUGAACUAGAUGAACCAUUGGCUUCCUCCAGCAGGCUUUGUACACAGUCAGUCCCCAGGUUCUCCAAAGCUCAGGUGGCUUGAUUUGAGAACCAAAUCAGAGCUCAGUAAUAUUUAUAUAUGACUCUUACACCCUGCCUUAUAUGCCUGCAAGGGGCUCAAGGCGGCAGAUGUGGCUUCAUCCCCCCCACAUUUCCACCUCGCAGCAACCCUGCGUGGUAGGUUAGAGAGAGAGAGAGAGAACGGACGAGUGGCUUAAUUGUGGAGUGGGUAACUUUUAACAAGCGCUGCAAGUUUCACUUCUCUGUUACCAUCUCUUCGCCAUCCCUUCCCUUCCCCAUGCCCUCGUUUGUUUUCAGAUGGAAGAAAACCUUCCCUUGAGGUCAGAGAGCCGGCAGGGCAGCUUCCGUGGGGACAGCCUUUGCCGGGAGAGCCUGCGAGCCGACAGCCUCUGCCGGGACAGCCGGCAGGGCAGCUUCCGGGCAGACAGCCUGCGUGAAACCAGCCUCUGCUCUGUCAUGGUGAGCACCAAACCCUGUUGUCCUUUCAGUAUCCAGCACCUCCUCCCAGUCUUCCCUCUUUGACCUCUCCUCCCUGUCCCACCUCUGAGCCUUCCUCCUCUGGGGCUUCCCUGGCUGGUGCCUCCCACCGCUGCUCUUUGCCCAGCCAGUCCCUGCCUAUCUAGAGCAUGACACGCCUGCUGGAAACAAUUCUAUUCUGCCAGGCCUAUGCAGGCAGUUAAGAGCACGUCUUGCCACAACGGUCAAUCUAUAUAUUAUUUAUUGCAAAUAAUCUAUCCACCACUUGACUGCAAAAAUCCUCAAAGUGGUUUGCAAAAAAAGAUCAAAACAAGAAAGUUAUCUCUAAGGAAAAUCAACAGCGACAAUAAAAUGAUUACAGCUGCGGUCCAAGGGUUUGUUAUUGUGACUGGAAUGUAAUGGAAUUUAUAAGAUUUUGGAACGCAGAAGUAUAGUAAAUCAUCAAACCAUCAAUUCCAGCACGCGGGGGGCAGCACCUAUAUUGUAUAAUUUGUCUUUUGAAUGAUUGGCAUUUUUGAUGGUAUUAUAAUUUGGCAUUGUUACAAUGAGGCUUUUAUUGGAUUGAAAACAAAUAUAAAUAAAUUCAGAAAUAAAAAAAUUAUUAGCAAGAAAAAUAGCCAACAACCAUUUAAGACUUCUGAAAAGUUAAAACAGCAAUAGACUUAAAGCAAAUUAAAAGAUAAAAAAUCUUAACUUUUUAAAUAUGGUUUUCAUUGUCUGGUGUCAUGUAUUUUUGUUGUGAACCACUUUGUUGUGAUAGAUAGAUAGAUAGAUAGAUAGAUAGAUAGAUAGAGCUUUUUUCUUUAAAAAAAUAUGUUUAGGGGUACUCUUAUUUUGACUCAAGAAAAUCACCAUUUUAUGGGGGGGAGGAAAUACAGUAAAUGGACAAAAGUACAAAGAUUAACAAAAUGUUUAGGGGUAUGUGUACCCCUCCGUCCCCCCAGAAAAAAAGCAGAGUGUGUGUGCGCGUGUGCGUGCGUGUAUGGGAGAAAUAUCUGACACCCUGCUUCUCUCACUGGCUCAGAGCGAGGAGGCCGAAGGACGUAGCUACUCCACCUUGUCGACAGUGCGGGAGAUCGAGACACAGACAGAGCUCCCCCCGCCACCCCCCACCCCUGUCCAGGAGGACCAGAUGGAGAAGGAGAAAGAGGAGAAGGAGCAGGAGGAAGAGGAGCAGCGGGACAGCGAGAAAAACAUCAAGCAAGCCAUGACCCACUUUGUCCAAGAGAACGGCACCCUCCGGGCGAAGCCCACCUCCAACGGCAUCUACAUCAAUGGCCGGGGACACCUGGUGUGACCUUUGCCCCCUGCCACGGAGCCCCAGGACCCGACAGAGCACUGAACCCACUUCCCAAUGGCCUGCCGGAGCCUCCCUUGGGCGAGGGAGCCAAGGCUGUCACCUCCUUCUGAGCCACCCGGCCGCCAUGCAGCUGCCCUUGGAGAUCUCCGCAGCCCUCACCACCCCGUUCUUCUUCCCCGGGAAUCCUGGCCAUGGUCUUCUCUUGCUCCGUCCACUUGAGGAGGGAACCAACUCAUUCCCAGUGGGGUGGAUCAACAGCCGGUUCGGAAAUUGGGAAAGCUUCCCCCACCCCUUUUCUUUUCUGACUUUGGCCGGACGGUGACAUUGCCUGGCCUGCGUUUUUGUGUCGUGUUUUUAAAAAAUGUUUUGAGGCUACACAUACAGGGCAAGCGAUUCUGAGGGUGCCACCAGGCAGCAGCGCAUUUAUCUUGGCUCAGGGACAGAACUAUGAAACUUUUGUGCCUCCCCCCCUCUAAUUAUUGUUGUUAAUAUUAUUAUUAUUAUUAGUUGAACGUUUGUGGCCCCUUGCGGUUACGGACAGAAGCUCCCCAAAGCCUUGCCGAGGCAAGCAAUAAAAUCAUUGUUUUUAUUUUAUAUAAUUAUUAUUACCUUGAAAGGGAAAGGCUAGCUUCCCAAAGACUGAAUGUAGGCACAGAGACAAGGAAUCCCGGCGGGCCUCAGGGGAGCCCUGCGAGGGAGAUUCCCUGCUUGGGAGAUGCCCGUGGGCAGGAUUCCACCCUCCCCAGUCCUUGAUACGAUUCCUGCGGGGAUGACACUGAGACGCACGCUUUUUCACCCAGCCCCAUCCAAAACGCAACUUGUGCAUGAAUGCAAAGGAUUCCGGCGGCUAGUGCUCCGGUUUGGCAGAUGAAACAUCUGGCAGCCCAAUCCCACCGGGGUGGGUUGUGCCACCACUUCCAGUGCGACCACCUGGAGAUCGGUUUUCGUUUGGGCAAACCCCUUGCCACUCGUUCAAGCUAUGCAGACCAAAACUGCUUCCGAAGCAGGAAGACAGCAGGACUUGCCAGCACCAUGGAACAGGGAACAGUGAAAUGCCAGGAUCUUUUGGGAUUUAUUCUUGCAUCCUGGGUGGUGAAGGGGGAAAGGGGGAUUGUGGGUCUCAUUGCCCUUUGUAUAUCCACAGUCAUAGAAGGUUGGAAGAUUUGUGCAAUGUAUCAUAUUCUCUCUCUCUCUCUCAUCCCCUCUCUUAAGUCCAUUUCACAUGUGCAUAUAACCCCUUGGCUAUUCAUCUCUCAAGGGGUCACAGCUGAACAAGUCAACUGGUGCCUUUGAAAACCUUUUUUUGCAUUGGAGCUAUUGUGUGUUUGUUUGGGGCAGGGGGAGCGAGGGGUGUCAAAAAAUUCCCAUGGUGGAGAUUUAUGGCUGGUUUACGCCCCCCCCCCAAAAAAAAACCAUCCGCAGCUGAAGCCAUCAAACAAGGUGUCACAGAUGGCUGAGCUGGCCCCGAGGGGUGCAUGUCUGCACACGCAUGUCUGCACACGUGCUUCUCCGUGUUCCCCCACUGGGCGUCUGAUUAUCCCACAAGGACUCAAGCCAAAUGUUUGAAGUGUCUCCUCAGGAAAAGGGUUGUGCUUGCCAGGACACGAAGUUAGAUCUAGAUCUGAGAUGGCCCCAUUCACACAUGCAAAUUGUGAGCACCGCCACCAGAGAGCAUUAGGCAGAUGCUGAAUCACUAUACCAGCCCCUGGACUCAUUUGUUUACAGCGUGGGGAUAAGAAUACUGUUCUACCUUACCGGAUUGGUGUGAUAAGAAAUAAUGUGUGUGAGGUUUUUCUGAGCGCUCAAAUGGUGUCAUGCACGUGCUACGUUUAAUUAGGCGGAGAGGCUGUAGGAACCAACCCUUAGCCUUUCUGACUCAAGCAAUUCCAACAUGUAGAACCAUAGAACUGAAGGGUUGGGAGGGAUCCCAAGGAUCAUCUAGUCCAACCCCCUGCAAUGCAGCAGUCGCAGCUCUGCCAUUUCCCAGUCUAUGCAAAAGCAUACCAGGUCCUUGUUUGUGGUUUUUGUUUUUGCCCAACGGGGACAGCCUCACAUCCCCCAGACUCUGUACUCACUAGUAAAUGGGGAGGUAUGUUGCUGGUGCUUUUGAACAACAUCCAUGCGCUGCAGACUGCAAGGAGGUCAUACUGGGUCAGAAUCUGGCCGCUUUAUGUUAGCAAACACCACUUCAAGGUACUUUGGGUUAUGGGCGUAGCCAGGAUUUUUGUGGGCGGGGGGAGAACCUCAGUUUGCUAUGUAUUUUUAUGUAUUUUUAUUGAUUUAGGCAGCUUCCACUCCCUGCCCCCAUUUGGCUAUGCCCAUGCUUUGGGUGAUGCCUCUGUGAAAAGUUCUGCAAUAGCUGAUGGCAGCUAAGGGUAGCUUUGCAUACCUAAAGUUUUGUUCCACGAAGGUGCCCCGUAUCCCUUGCCAGGAGUAAACGUACAUUAAGAAAUAUGAUCACAUAAAACAUAGUCUUAGCAUAGGAGCUUCUGGCUUACCCUGGGUGAGCUGAAAUGUUGCUUUUUUGCAGUUAGUGGGAGGUCGAAUUAAAUGAAGGUUCCAACACAACACCUAGGCCACAUUCGCACCAUACAUUUAAAGCUCUAUGGUACCACUUCAAAUACUCAUAGCUUCCCUAAAGAAUUCUGGGAGCUGUAGUUCAUUAAAAGUGCUGAGAAUUGUUAGGAGACCCCUAUUCCUCCCCCAAAGCCAUGAUUUCCAGAAUGUUUUAACCAGCACUGUUUUUCUAGGAAAAGAGGUGCCAGAACUCACCUUGUUCUCUUGUAAUAGCAAUGGCACCCACCUGAGAGGAACUGGGCUCCAGUAUGUUCCAGCUGGGAAAAAAGCCCUGGUUUGAACAAUCAAUCCCUCCUCACAGGGAACUUUGGGAACUGUAGUCCUGUGAGGGCAAUAGUGACACCCUAACAAAUCUCAGUGACCUUCACAAACUACAGUUCCCAGAAUUCCUUGGGGGGGAAUCCAGGAGUGUUUAGAGUGGUAUCAUAGCACUCUAAAUGGUGGGAAUGUGCCCCGAUGCAGUGCACUGAGAUCCUUCUGGGAUGACAAGGAGCCCCUACAGCAUUCAUUAAAAGCUUCCUCUUUGUAUUUUAUUGCUUCCUGUUCUGCAUGUCUUGGGGAUUAUUUCACUACAAAAGAAAGAAAAGAUUAAUAAUAAUAAGUGAUACAGUGAUAUAGUCAGUGAUGCAGCAAACCACUUUGAGGGGUAUUUUAAACAAUCAAGUGGCAUAUAAAUUUUAUGAAAUUAAUAAAUAAUAGUGAUUAGAGUGUUGGACUAGGACCAGGGAGAUCCAAGUUCAGAGCAGUCAGCUGUGAAGCUCAAAAGAUGACCUUGGGCCAGUCACCCUUAGCCCGAACCUAACGAGUUUGUUGGAAGGAUAAAAUGGAUAUAUGAAUGAAAUAAGGUGUUAGCUGCACUGAACAAGAAGCAAUAAAGUGGACCAAAUCUACUAAGACAAGCACGGUUGCCCUCAAAAGCCUCCAUAGUGCCUAGCCAUGCCACACUUAGUGCUUCAGCUGCAUUUUGUAGCAAUAAUGGUAGUUAUGUUUGCCAUAAAAUGCAGUUUAAGGGGUCUGGCGCAGGCUCUCAGGCCAAGCCCACCCCCCUGGUGUUAGUGUAAUAUUUUGUCAGUAUGGUGUUGUAAUGUCUUAUUGCAGCUAUUCUUGAUAUCCCAAAAGGCAGCUCUUAACUUGGAAGGAGAAAGCAAGCUGGGAUGGUUGCCACCGCUCUCCUGAGGCUCAGACCCCAAGACACAGAGGAAGGGGUUUAGAAGCUCAAGGGCAGAUUAGGGGUGGAGUCUGGUUUUUGAGAGGAUGAAAUCUAACAGAGCACCUGUAGGUUCUGGGGAGGAGGCUACCUGGGUGUGAUGAGUCAGAGUGGAGCCUCGUGGACAGGAGAGUGCAGCUAAAGGCAAACAUUUUAUACCCAAGCCAUGAAUUGCCUUUCCACGUGAUUCUCCUGGAGGCUCUUAAGGCAAGAACCCUGCAGUUUCAGAAAUGUCAAACUCUGAGACACUGCAACUGUACAAACUGAGAAGAGUGGUGGUGUUUUUCCCCAUGAGGCCACAAACCUACCCUAAAAGAUCCAGUCACAAACUGACAUCAGAGUUACUGAGUCAGAGAAUUUCAUAACGCAGAGCAAUUAUCACCACAAUUAAGAGAUGCCUACAAAUCUCCCAGGCUACGCAACUCUUCUCUAAUCUAGUGGUCAAAGAGACAUCUAAUUGAAGCCGUUCCUUUACAAAAUGAUGAACAGAGCAUUUGUUUACAAGAGAUUUAUGUUGGUUCUCAAAGGUUUGUCACCCAUCUGGUCCUGAAGUCUCUGGACACAAGUCUUUAUUAUGCUUUGGUUUAUCCAACAUCCUUUUUGACAGGAAGGUCUUAAACCCAGGAAAGGGGGCAGAAGCUAAUUUUGGUAUGGAAUUCCUCGCACACUCCAAAAUGGAGCUUUUCUUGCACAAAUAACUAUAAAUACACUUUACCAAAAGUUUAAGAACAAAGAUAGAAUAGGGAUCUCUUGAUAUAUACACAUCCAGAUCCCUUAUACAGUAUGUGCAUCUCUCAUAUGUAUGUAUGUAUGUAUGUAUAUAUCUAUAUGUCUAUUUGAUUUAUCUAUUUCCUAUCCAUCCGUCCAGUUUUUCUCCAAAAGCUUGUUGUGGCCUGGCCUGGGCCACUUAAAAUGGCAACCAUGUCUGCACCACGAACUUAGGUUUAAUACCACUUUAGCCGUCAUGCCUGCCUGCAGAGAACUCAAGGAACUGUGGGCUGAUGUGGGCCUUCAGAAUUUCCUGUUUAGAAGCUCUACAAGUGGGACUGGAAAUAAAGGGUUGUAUUCAGCUAAGUUCUACUCAAAGUAGGUCCAUUUAAAUUAAUGGACCCAUGUUAGUCAUGUCCAUUAAUUUCAGUGGCUAUACUUUUAGCAUGACUUGCGCUGGAUUCAACCCAAAAUGUUGCUGUGUGAGCACUCCUGUUCACUAUGCCAGCCAGCCAAGCUGUACCUUCCUCCAUUCCAUUUCCCCUCCAUGUUUUCUGCACGCCCCCCUCAAGAAAAAAAAACUCUCCAUGGUCACACUCAGUCCUCACUGGACUGUUUUUGGGAUCCCAGUCCUUUGGAGUACAUAAGCAAUAGCACUCAUGACUGAACGCUGGGAAUAUUAGAGUUGUGUGUCUGCACCACCAUAGAAUUAUAGCUUCCUGGGAAGAAAUUGACUAUUAAGCCAGUUUAAGUCUAUAGUUCAGCCUUCCCCACAGCUUGAUAACUUCCAGAUCUUUUGGAUACCAGCUCCCACCAGCCCCAACCAACACAGCAUUUUGUUUUAAUUGUGCUUACUCCUUUGUAAUGUGCCUUUAGGACUGCGGUCCAAAUGAACUACCAUUUCUUUAACCAGCUGACCAACUGUAACAGCACCCCAGCAAGGUAGGCCAAAACUGAUAAACUACAAUAUGUCCAGGGACACCAAGCUCAGUGAGCUUUGAAGUUGAAUAGGGUUCUGAGUGAACCAUGGGUGGUCAAACUCCAAACAGUCAAGUUGCUAGACAUCUUGAUCUACCUCAGAGCAAUACAGGGAAUUCAGGUGGCCCAACCCCUCUUUUGUUUUAAUUGUUCUCCACCAGCAGGGGCUGUGCCCAAAUUUCGUGCCCACUGCCUCAAUCCCAAAGAGGAUGCAUUUAUUCUGCACCCAUAAGGAUAAGGCGCUUCCAAAGUGAAUUUAUAUGACUCUCUUUUACGUCCUUUUACAUGUAUUACUCUGAUUUCUUGAUUGUCUUUUUUUAAAAAAGAAAGAAUUUUAGGAAAAGGCUGUGUCAUCUGCUUCUAGGACCCUUGAGGUCCUUGUAUAAUCUGUAAAUGUGUAUAUAAAAUCCCUAGCAAUGGAUGCCUGUGAGUGUGUGUGUGUGUGUGUGUGUGUGUGUGUGUGUGUGUGUGUAGAUAUAUAGAGAGAAAUAUUAUGCAAGUGUCUUUCUGUGUAUAGGAAGGGACUUUGGGGCGCUCUUACAUGCACUUCUGCUGUUGUAAAUAAAUUGCACCUUUGGCACCCCAGGACUUGUGUGUUGUUGGAUGGAUUUGUAAAUCUUUACAGAUUUUUGCCUGGUUUGGAAAAAGUCGUCAGGGAAAGUUUUCCUAUUCCUCUCUCAUAAUCCAAUCCUAGAAAAUUAGUAAACCACCCAAGGAAAUGGAUCAGAAGUACAAUUUCAGGCCAAAGAAUGUGCAUCAACUCAUAAUUAC